AAACACAGUCAGAGCUUAAGUGAGUGCAGAGAGAGGAGGGGAAAGCAGAGCUUAGCGAAACAAGGUUAGCCAGCAGUGAGUGAAGAAAAUGGCGAUCAUGCAGGACGGAUGCCUCCCCCCGUUGAUGCUGCAAACGCGUUGAAAUUCUUUUAGCCUUACAGCCGGCUUUCCUUUCCACUCUGUUGCACUUUAUACUUCAAUGAGGUAUGUGUGUUUUAAUAUUAAUUUUUCACCCCUACUGUUUGUUUUCGUCGAGCUAAUGCACACAGUGCCCCGAGCAGGAGAGACCGCGACUGGUGGAGACGAGUUAAGCAGAUGCUGUUGUUUAGUUAGCGGCGACCGGGCAGAGCUCGCCUCCAGCUCGGCUGCAUUACAGAUUUGUAGCGGACAUGUCAAACGCAUCGACAGAUAAAGAAAUAUAGUGUGUUUUCUGCAGGGGAAUGAAGUUUCAAGUCUUGUUAAGCAAGUGAACCCUUUGUAUUUAUAGGCAGGUUAACCUUGUGCGGAUGCUAACUAUUACGAGCAAUGGUUAACCUUAGCUCGCCAGUUGUACAUAUCUAUCUGUUAAAUGCGAGUAUUCUGUUUCAGAUAAGUGCUGGAUAAGAUGGUCAGGUAGUUUUGUGUGUCAAUGACGAAUGGGUUUUAUUUACCACUUUCUCUCCCAAACUCUUUAAUUGCCACGUUUUAAAUUCCGGGUAAAAUGACUUAGCCGCGUCGAAUUGUAGCUUUCAGCUAGCAUUAGCAGCUAUGCUAAUUUGACGACGCAGGUUUCUCGGUGGUGACUUUGGCGCACUGUUUUGCCUUUUUCCACUUGUCGAAAGGAAGGUAAUUUUCAAAAGUGCUCAAACAUUUUAAAUGUAGCAUUGAAGCCUACUUCAAAUCUAUGUUUUGUGAUGAGUUGAAAGCGUACUUAAACGUAUUUGUCGUCGGAGCUUCUAACCCCCUCUGUCGGCAGAAGUCAGAGAGUCUCUACCCCACCGCUGUACUGGCUUUGUAACCAUAUUCACCAAACGUUUCUACGCCAGUUCAGCGAUCUUAGCCAAGCCAGAUUCUUGCUUAAUGUCGAGUAAAAUGCAACAUUAUGGCCAAUUAUUGUCUUAACACGCAUAGGGGAGAUAUCAGACUCUAGAGAAGCCAUGUUGGUAAAGCUGUAAGUCAGGCAACAGCUGAGAUAAUGGCCGAUCAGGACCCAGGCAGUAGCUCUGACACACACACACACACACACACACACACACUCUCUCUCUCUCUCUCCCUCUCUCUCUCUCUGUCAUUCUCACAUAUUCUCCAUUCACCUUGUAGGGCCUCAGCUCUACGUGCACUGCCCUGUUAUGCAGUUCAACCUGCAUUUCAACAUGGACUAAUAGGCAUACCCUUCUUACUACAAUUACCUAAAUGUCUCUUUGUUUGUCUGUGUAAACCUGCCUGUGGGUGAGGUAAAUGUCAUUUACUCCAUUAGCAGUUCAUUUAAGAUAUGUCAGUAGAGUUUUGUAGCCAAUCAAAAACACAAUUAUUACUUUUAUUUUCUAUAGUAACAUAAGCAACAUUGCAUUGAUUUAUACAAGAACUCUAUUGGUCCCCAACGGGAAAUUCACUUAAUUUAUAGCAAUGAGUAAGUAAAAUUUUCAACAAAAAAAAGCAGUGCAUUUCCAGUUAGUAUGUGGAUAUUUCCAACAAUGGGUGAAAGCUGUAAUUGCCAUGCUUAUACACGUUUCUGAUGCAGACAGAUGAAGCUCAAGCUUACCAUCAGCAACCCACAAAUCUCCCAUUUACACUUAAUGGCGCAAAAAGCUUUUUGUACUAUAUGCUUUGAAGUCCUCAGAAAUGUGUUGCAAAAAAGGUUUUAAACGAAACACUGACAAACAGGUGUGCAUAAAACAUGCACUCUUUCUCUGUGUAUUCAUUUAAAUCAUUAUUGCCUUAUUGUGUUGUCAUACUUUCCUCUUACCGUGCAAGCGCUAUCACAGUUGUGCUGAAGUUAUGGAGAUUAAACUUUUUUUCUGUCUCUUUCAGAGAUUUGGAAUUGGAAGCUGUUGCCACCAAAGAAGCAGAGGCAUCUAAACAGGUCAGCAUUUGAACAUUAGACACACAGGCACAUUUAUUCGGAUGUUUGCACAACCUGCAUGUACCUCCUGUAUGAUGGCUCUACCAAAGGCGGGGGUUGUGUGGGUCAGGGGAUGGGCAGCUGCUGCUUAUGCAAGCACAUGCAGUUCCGUUUGAAUUGAAUUGGAGGGUCUGGGUUGGUCCAGGCCGCAUUGUGCUGAGUAAGCUUUGCUGUUUUAAAAUCGCUAAAUGACAAGCCAGUGUCCUGAUGUUUUGUGUGAGGAGAGGUUUUUGUGCAGCUCACUGUGUCCAUACAGUUGGUCUACAAGCAGGCACACAAUAGAGCCAUGGACUAAACUGGUGGGCAGCUCACUUUGAAGGCUGGUUUUAACCUGAUUUUGAAUCCUAAAUCUCUUAAGUCUUGAUAUUAUGCUUAGUCUAAAAUUGCUGUUUAGACUGUUUGUUGUAUAGAAAGCCAAUGCAUCCGUGCAUCUUCAGUAGUGCUUGCUGUUUGGGGAUGUUGCUCAGAUAAGAGAUAUAGUACACCUUCAUAUUUUUAUUGCAGCUUGACUCUAUUUUUUGUGCAGUGCUUCCCACAAAGUUUGGUUGUGAAUUAUUGUCUUAAAAUACUAGUUUUCAUAGUUUUGCAUAUUGUGCUUUAUUUCUGAUUGUGAAUGAGUCACAUUUUCCAAGCGCUUGAACAUAAAUUCUUGCUGUGUGUGUGUGUGUGUGUGGAAAUGAUGUAAGGAAGAACUGAAAAUACUCAAUUAUGUCAAGUUAGAGCUAGAAAACACUUCCUUCUGUUUUUUUAUUUUCAUACUGAAAUAAUUAUUGAUCAAAUCCCACAAAAGUGUGAGCAACACAUUCAAGUUCCAACUUAACACAGCUUUAUAUUUGUCUGUAAAAAAUAAAAAGCAAGAACUUAGUUCUUAAAUCUGGAUUCAGUCUUUAUUUUGAUUCCAUAAAUAGCAAGCUUCCAACUCCACAGCAGAACUUUAAGUCAUCUCUGUUUCAAUUUAUAGCUUUUGGAAAAUGGUUUCACUUUUGUAUUCAUGGAAGAAGCCUUGUGCUGUCUCGUGGAUAUUUCUAUAAAGAGCAAACCACAGUGGUGUAAAUGUAAUAUUUUUAUAACAUUUGUGGCACCAGUGGGGAUCAAAUCCUUCAGGGCAAAAACUGGAUCUGUGUUUGUGCAUAACUCAAGGGCUUCUGAGCAGAAGAGCCAAACAAAACUCAACUGUGAGUCACUUUCUACAGACAGACUUACCAUUUAGCUUGCUCAUGGAUAUUCAAAUAUCCAGUUUGUUUCUUGUGACCUUGAAACCAGCACCUAAUGUAAAACAAGUGUGUAAUUUUUUGUAACUGUUGUCAACUCCACUUUAUUUUGUUACAUUCACAAGCUGUCUAGCUUCCCUUUCCCUCUUGGUUGCCUAGCUCUAUUCUCCAAAUUAUUGUUCUCUAAACUCAUUUGAUUCUUGUCUAAAAAUAUCGAGAGUUUUCUCAUGAGGUUUUAAGAGGUGUUGAAGUCGAAGCACAGUGAACUAUAUUUGGAAUUCGGUACAGCAGUGCUAUAAAUUCAUAGCUGCUUUGGUUAAGGAUUAUGUAGUGACCAUUGCCCCUGUGAGCAGUGAAGCCACACCUGCAGAUGGUCAUGAGACUGAAACAAGAAAGAAGCGAACAUGGAGCAUUUGAUGCCAUCCUCUGUGCAGACCUUGGUAGAAAGCAUCCACCUUAAGGUAAUUCUAAAAGAGGUGGUAAUUUUUUGCUUUGCAGAGUAACAAGCAUGUUUUUGGCCAAGCACUGUGAGUAAUAUAAUUGAAUAUGACGUUAUGGACUGUGAGAGAGUCGAGUAUUUCUUAUUGCAAAAUAUAACAUACUUCUUAUAUAUGUCCAACAUAAUGACUAAAGUUUAAGAAGUAAAAUUUGUAAAUCAUUAGUUGAAUUGGAGUGGGCCUGCGUUUUUUCUGCAGUCACAGGUUGCAUAACACCUCAUCCCUCAUAAGAAUGGCUUUUCAAUUUUAGCAGUACUUGAUCUACAUUUUACAGAGUUUGCAAAAGAGUUGUUUGUUUUGUAAUGUAAAAACUCUCCACUUAAAACAACAGACAUGCUUUUUACUACCUUGCAGCUAAGUUAGUAUAAUUUUAUCAUGAGGUUGUUUAAACAAAAACAAAAAAAAUGAAAACCUUAAAUUGUCCCUUUAACUAAUUUUUACAGUUGGGAAAAUUGAAGUUGCCUUUCUGAAUUUAGUAUGACCCUAGAUGAACCGACCUGUUUUCAGCUGGGAUGUUUGGAACAACAGGUUUAGUGCAGCUGGGCAGGAAAUGUCACAUCUUGCAGUGCUUCAAAAAGCCUUCGUUGUCAGGCUGUUUGUGAAAGAAGGCAGUUGCUGUCAUUCACUAAUUGAGUGAUGGCUUCCCCGAGAGGGGCCUGUGUGAGAACAUGCUAAUUCAAAUUGAUGCAAAUGAUGUGAUGUUGUACAUGUAAAUUAGCCACGUGGCUACCCCCUGGCUUUUGUUCCUCAGGCACAGACAGAGUCAUGUGAGUGUUUUGUUUGAUGUUCAUGUUUCUCCCUUUGUAUUUGGGUGUUUGUCUGGAAUGUUUGUGUAAAACACUUCCAAAGGCUUCUCCCACAAUCAAUACCCCGUCUCCUAUAAAUUUAAAAGGCUUCACUGUAUGACUCACUCAUAGAGGAGAAAAACACACCUACAGGGUCUUAGAUUCAAAAAGUCCAAAGACUUCAACUCUUCAUUUCUAUCGCCUAAAGAACUCAAAUAUAGUCCUCCCAUUUCUUAAGUUUUUUAGCUUUGUGUGACAGCAGGCAGAGGAGAAGAAAAGGCAAGUGGGUGGCAGUAAAAUUUGUGCUACCCAGUGAAUCUCUCAUAUGUAGGGUGCAACAAGCUUUAUUAAAUGCAGCAGGUUAUCUUGAGCAGAUAGAAAAUGACAGACUACCUGAAAUGGUGGGAAAAAAGGCAUGUAUACAACAUUACUCGAGAUUCAAAAUUUGGAAAAUUCCCCUCACUCAUUUGAAAAUAGAGUAGAUUUUUAAAAUAAAGUGAUAUGUCCAAGCAAAAAAAAGUUUUUCAAAUUUAACGGGGUGGUACCCACACCUGCACCACAUCUGAAAAUUAAACUCAUGGAUUAAUUGAUGUUUGGCAGGUUGCAUUCAACUUAGUCUUGCCUUAAAUGACUUGACUUGGAGGACAGGAAGCUCACAAGUACAUUUUUGAAUAUAAGAUCACAACUGUGAGUUUAAACACAGCACUUGAGAACAAGUUUUUUUUAAGGCUUAAUUGAUUGAAAUAUUCUUUUACAGGCUGCUUGUUUGGAUUGUUAUUGAAAUAGCGAUAAUUAUAAAUGAUUGUUCAUGCAAAGACAUCUACAUCACAUGCAUUUAUGGAACUUAAAACCUCCUCAAAACCUAAAUACUCCUAAUUUGUUGAAAAACACACUAGUUAAAAUAAAAAAUACAACCUUUUUGGUCUUAAACCAGAGUAUACUUGUUUAAUUAUACAUUAUAGAUUUAAAGGAGUCAUAUGUAAAUGCCAGACCUUCCUUGCGGUAAAGUGUUUUUACACUUUAUUAUUAAAAACUAAAGGAUACAAAAUAGUAUAACAUUGCACAUAUCAGUUCAUAAUAAACAGGCCUCAGAAGGCCUGUUGCGCUGACCUCAUUAGUUUAGAGAGUCUCAUAGAGGCUCAGUGAGGUAUCCUGUGUUUUUCAGUUUAAAUCCAUUUACUAGAAUUACAACAACACACGCUUACCUGGCAAUUUGAAAAUUUGCAUACAAGCCCCCGCUUUUCUUUUACCAUGACAUGGGAUUCUGUGGAAAAGUCGACAAAUCUAUUUUCUGCAGUCUAUACUAUGUCAUUAAGAAAUCUUGGUUCAUAUUUUAAGUUUGGACAUUUGAUUGAUAGAAAAUAAAGCUGUUGCAGUGAUUAGGACUCUCAAGACAUCACCAAAGCAAUAAAACAAAAACUGGCUUUCAAUUUUUAGGAUCUAUGGCUUAAUCUGUCCUCUGUCUUUGCAAAUAAUGAAAUGAUAAAAUAUUUGGCUUUCGCAGUUUAGAAGUUAAAGAGCCAGUCACAGAAAUCUGUCAGAAAUCAUGGAAUUCAGUGAUCUCUUUGCUUCAUGAAAGGCUCAAUUGUUUUUUUUUUUUCCCAAAAAAUUUUGUACCACCUCCUGAAAUUGAGGAAAUUAAUUGCUAAUAAGUUAAAAAAAAAAGUUACUGUCUAAUGAGGAUUCUUCUAAUGAGGAGUUAUGAAAUGGAGUUGUCCACUGUUGCUCUUUUUUUUUUUUUUUUGCUGCUUGACCCUGAUCCUUCAGUUUUCUCCUCUCCUUGUCAGCUGUAGCUGUCGGGGGGUUGGGCCAUUGUUGGCCCAUUCACAAACAUAUGCUGUCCAUGGUGUUUAUGUAUGCUCUCCAGGAGGGCCCCACCAUGUUCCCCUGCUGUUGUUGUUGAACCCAGAGCCAUCUGCUAAAGUGCUCUAUGGUUGGUGAAGAGUAAAGGAAAGAGAAGGGGGUAGUGUGGGAAAAGAGGGAGGAGGGGAAUCGGUAAAUAUGCUAACGUGAUGUGUGCAUUUGUUUCACAUUAAUUAUUCACAUUAGGCCUGGGCAAUUUGGCAAAAAAAAUGAUCACAAUAUAUUUUGUCAUAUCGUCUGAUUUCUAUUAUUGUCAUGAUUUUUUUCUAAACCGCCAGUUUUAAAGCAUUUGUACUAAAAGCUAAAGAAACUAGAGAUUAGUUCAACAUUUUAUUAACAUACAAAAGUAAAUAACAAAGCAAAUUGAAUAAGAUGCACUAAAAAAAUAUAAAAGUUUUAACUCAACAGCACAACCAAUGUAGAUAAAUACUAAGUAAUACAGUGAAUUAGUUUAUGGUCCUGAUUGUUUUGCAGGUACGAAAGACCCAAAAUAAACAAAUCUCCCCCUCAGAGAUAAUGAAGAUUCUUUAAGAUGUAAACAUUAGAUGAUGUAAAUAUAGAUGAUAUGCAUACCUGCCAACAUUUGGGUGAUAAAAUCUGGUAGAUUUUUGCGGCGCACGCUGGGCAGUUUUGGAGUUACCUCGUAUGGUGGAUAUGAGCUAAUUAUGAGAGUAUUUGUAAGUAAAUUGCUCAUCCAAAUAAGUGUAGGUAAAGCUGCACACUUUUUUGUUUUGUUGUAACAACAACAAAUGGUAAUAAAAAAAAGUAAUGGGACUGAUAUGCCUUGAACUCAUUUAGUCCACUAAUGUUAGUGUGUAAUUCCUCAUAUCCCUUUUAAAAACACACUUUUACUCCUUGGCUUUUGAUACUUUUUAGUGUUAUUUAGUUUUUUAUCAUUUUAGCACUUGCCGUGAGCCUGCUUAUUUAUUUACUUAUUUAUCCCCUUGCAUUGAUGUUUUUCUGCUCGCUUUAUCUUGUUCUUUGUGUUAUUUGUUUUUAUGUGUCAUUGUACAGCACUUUGGCUACCCUUGUGGUUAUUUUAAAUGUGCUAUAGAAAUAAAGUUGAUUGAUUGAUUGAUUGAUUGAUAUGUUUUACAUGCUCUCCUGUAUAAGGCUCUCUGAACAUCUGUGCCUGAAAUUAGGCCUGGACGAUAUAGAAAAAAAGCAUAUCGAUAAAAAAUAAAUCAUAUUGAUCGAUAUCGAUAAUUAUCGAUAUAAUUAUUAUAAUUAUUUAACAUAUAUUUUAAUUGCAGCCCUGGAUGUUUUACGCUAUUGCUUAAUGACCUACUUUUAACAAAGAACACACAAGCACUGAAUUCAAAUUUAAACCUUUAUUCAACCACCUUUUUUUAUUUUUUUUUACCACAACUGAAAGUUUUUUUAAAAAGAACUUAAAAAAAAAAGAAAUCAACUUAAGUGGCCUGAGUGACGUCAUACUGACAAACAUAAAGACUAAAGUGACCAGAAAAUCUGAUAAAUAAAUAUUUAAAUAGUCUUUUGAUGAAAAUAAACAAAACAAACAAAUAUGUAAAUAAACAGAAUAGCUUUAGGUGAGAAUAGCAUACUACCAGUUUUAACAGUGUGGGAAACUGCCCACAGCCUGGUGUCUGAACACUGAAAUAUUUCUCGGGAGAUUUAUUUAUUUUUAAGUAUCAUGUGAUUGACUUAAUACGCAAACUGAGCACGAGAAGCAGGACUUAUCCACGCCGGUGUUGUGUCGUAGAAUGCACCCCCGCCGAUUGCACCCCCUGCUAGUAGCCAUGAUCCAAAUACUCGCGUCUUUGUAAAAUAUGAGCUCAUUUUCUUCCACUUAAAAGAAGCUAAUGAGUGGACGGGAUGCAGGGGUGCAUUCUACAGCACAACACCGGAACGUUUUUCCUCCGCACCCUUCUCACUUUUUCAACCCCUGACCCAUUUUCAUGCCUGAAGCGCUGUGUUUGAGAAAUACUUGCCGCCGGGCACUUCAUAUCGCGGGUCGAGAGUGGCUAGAAGCUGGUCGAAGCCAGGCUUUUCAACGGUAGUUAUUGGCAGUAUGUCCCUCGCUAUGGAGCAUGUUACUGCAUGGGUGAUGUCCUUAUGCCGCUCGGACACUUUGUCGUAUUUUUGGAGAGAAAUGAAGUCCAGUUUGGUCUGCUUCACUUGCUUUGUGCUGGUGCUGGCAGCGGCUCCAGAGGAUUCCUCCUCCGACGACGACGUGGAGCCGCGGCGCGGCCGACACAGCUCGUACUCCUGCGGGUGCGAUCGGUUUAGAUGGUAUAACAAGUUGGUUGUGUUAGCAGACUUGGUUUUUACUAAUUCUUCGCAAAUUUUGCAAACGACCACUGUUCGCUUUUUGUCAGACUUGUAAAAACCAAAAUAUUGCCAUGCUGGUGAACUACUGAAACCUUUUUUCGGGACAAUUUCCUCCGCUUCUCCUUGCUGUAACAUUUUUUCUAAUACACGUGCUGUCUGUUGUGGUUUGAGAGGGGCUGGGCUUGGUGCCGUAGCGUACCUGGGUCUGCGUUUGUGAUUGGUUGGGAGGAAGUAAUGACUGUAGUAAAAGCUACAUGAUAGGCUAUGAUGAAAAAGAAAGGGAAACUGUGUUUUUCUAUCGAACUUUUUAUCGACCCGUUUUUUUUCUAUCGCACCACACGUCUAUCGAUCGAUAUAUAUUGUUAUCGAAUUAUCGUCCAGCACUACGUGAAAUACAGCUCUCUUUUAUCUGAGGCUGCCCUGAACGCAUCACUCUUGCAGGUCUUGCGUUUGUUUCCUUUUCAUUGAAGUGUUAAUUUUCCAACAAACACUGUUUAAAUAUAGUUCACAGCUUAAACUGACCUGAAUCAUUCCCAACUGUAAAGUAAAAGUAUCAGUCCAGUGUCUGUGGGGCUCAGCAGAAUCACAGGACAAUCUUCGGUUGUCUGGAAACUUUGGACAAACGGUGUGACCCGAUUCAUGAAUGAAUGUGGACCGUUAAACUACGGGAUAUUCCUAGGAAAAACGGGUGUGUUGGCAGGUAUGGAUAUGAUUGACUGCUGCUGGCUGCACCGCUAGUUGUAGCUAAACUGCUAAUGCUUCUUGUGCCGUGAGCAGUGACAGGCUGUACUGACUCCGCUCGCAUUUUCAUGCUUUCCGCAUAAACACUCGAGAAGAACUCUUCAAUUGACUAAACAGAUCCGUUGUGUUGCCAGUUUAUCGGCUUAAUUGCUCGACGUCACUGGAGAUACCCGAACCAACGCCACACAACCUACGUUGAAUAACUUCUCAACAAUAACAUCAUCAGAGGAUGACUCAAAGUCACGGCUGACAUCUAUUUUGCUGCCUUCAGCUCAGCGUUUAGCUCCACGUUCGGUCAUUCUGUUUACUUCUCCUGUUUAUUUUUCCGGUAAAUUACAGAAGUGAGCAGGAAAAGCUCAACUCUGAUUGGCUGUUGUGACGCACAUUUCCGCUAUGUUUGAUUGCGUAAAUAAGCUCACCGCUGAUCACCGUGAUGGAACUGAAAUUUAUCAUGAUCAUCAAUCAUAUAAUCGCCCAGUCCUAAUUCACAUAUUAGAAGCCUAAAUUAAAGGGUUUUUGGUUUUUAAUGAAAGAAAACUUGAAAUUCUGGUUGUUUUCUUGCAUUUCAGUGAAUAAACACUGACCUGGAGCUUGUUUAAAGCAGUGAUAUCUGUAUUAGUUUCUGUGUGAUGUUCUUUCUAGAUACUUGCAAUCGAAAAAUGUGUUGCUGUGGUGUUUCAAGCAUCUCUGUGUGUCUGUCUGUUUAUAGCUAAGGUAAAGUGCUAUGCUGUAAUCCCAUUAUGGGAUUAGUCUGCAGCCUGCAGCUUUCUCCUGCAGGCUCAAUUUCACACCCACCGUGACCACUGCUGCUAAAUGCUAAACUCGCAGAGGGUGAAGCCACAGCCUGAUCACAAGCGCGUGCACAUUAAUAGGAACACCCUCAAUUGAAUCUGUUUGCCAAAAAAGACAGAUAAUCUCAUUUUGUAUCUACAUGAGAUGAAAUGCACUGUGACAGUUUUGGAUAGUAGAGGGGCAAGAAAAUCUUUAGUGCCAUGUUACUGAAAUAAACCAUUCAUCUCUGACUCCAUCGUAGUUAGUUUCAAAUUUAGUUUUGUGAAUUGCUGCAUCCUUACAGACAAAUUUAGUCUGUGUUAUCCUUUUUCAAAUGUUGAUGUUGCUUUAGAAAAGUUUGAUUUUGCUCUUUUAUGUUCUUUCAUGAUUUUUCAGUUCUGUUUCAAUCAAAUCAGUUUAACCUGUACAUUGAUCUUCUGUACUUGGACUGGAUUUUGUGAAAUUUAUGUUGUUGAAGAAGCAGCAGUAUGGUUAGGCUUUUGUUAAUCAGACAAAUGCAACAGAUCAAAAAACAUAGUGAAAGUUUAAGUGUUUUCCUGCUGUUUGUAGGGAACACACCCACAGAGGGAAUAACAGUGGAUGGAAGAGAGAGAGAGACGAAGAGUGUGAAGAGGAAGGAGGUUAAGACGAUACAGAUCUGGUCAAAAGGUAAGACUCCACCACUUGUGUUUUUUAAAAUCAAGAGAUUAGCAAAAAACUUUGAGUGCUUUUGAACUGAGAAAUGUGUUAGUCUAUAGAAUAGUUCUCUGUGGCUCUUGAGUUGACUAAACAACUGCUGCUACCAGACACUGACUUAUCACCUUUGAUAUCACCUAUCAAAGAAACUCUGCUUCAAACCUUAAAUGGUUAAAAAUUGGGGUGAAAUAUUUUGACAACACAAGCUUUCUUUGUUGACUCACAGCUUAUUUGCUCUGUCACACAAUACACUGGAGGCACAAAUGUUGUGAUAAUAGUAGUUGUCAAACUUGGACAACAACAAGCAGACCUGAAAUUUGGUUGUCAGUGCUUUGCAUCAUGAGUGUGGUUAGUUUGAGAUUUCAACCCUUGUUUUAAAAGGCUCCUUUUGCCAAAAACGAAAUUAUUUGUUAAGGCUGAGAAUGAUUUUAUGAAAUCAUAGAGUUAUACUCUUGGUUGAAAGGAAAAUACAAUUACAAAAAAUAGUGAAAUGGCCUUCAGCCUUUCCAUUUUGUUGUGAUUCAUCAUUCUGGCAAUAUGCAAGAGCAAGUUAAGGUAUUAUGAAAGAGCAAAUUCACCUAUUCAUGACUCAGCUCAAGGCAUAAACCUUGUAUUUCACCUUUGAAGCCUUUAAGAAAACUAAAAGGUUUAUUUUUUAAACGUAUAUCUCUUGUUUGGCCUGCGUUUGGUCUCAUUCUUUUUGUAUCAGUAGUGCCAUUAUUCCUCCGACAGCACUUGUGUACUUUGCCAUGUGACGCAGUAGUAUUUUCCGUUUGAAUUGCUGGUACAGUUUCCAUUGAGUCCUGUGUGUAGGUGCCGACUACUGUUACAGCUGAAACCCUGGCCACGGCUUGUGUUGGCAGGAAGUCUGAUAGUGUAUAUCUCUGACCUUGAGCCUGUCUUAACGUUUCAGUUGCACCUCUCCUCCUGUGCCUUUUAUAUUCACUCCUCUUGCGCUGCUUAUUGACAUGUCUCUAGUACUGAUGUAAUGAGAUGAUAAUGUGUCCCAGUGCAAAAAGGCCAGUGUCAGUAGGGUGAAGUGUAAUGUCAUGGGAGCACCAUGACUGAUAAUGCCUAUGGAAUAACAAGAGUGUGAUCACUGUGCCCCUGAAGGAUUCAGUGUCUAUACUUCACAGUGUUAUACUAUAGCCUCAGUCAACAGGCUGAUUUAUUUGGAGUGUGGAGGGACUUAUUAGCAAGAACCAGAUAUGUUAUCAAUUUUGAAUAUGGUACAGUUGCAGAGAUACAUUGAAGGUAAGUCUGCACCAAUUGUGACAGCUGAUAAAUUUCUAAUGAGUGAAAAUCUAGCUCCUAGAAUCCAAGAAUUCCCUAUGGAGUUAAAUUCCUGCCAAAACUCUGCGAACGAAAAUAACGUGUUACCCCCACUCUCUUGCCGCUCAGGGAGCCACGCUAUCACAUUCAAGUUACAUUACAUUACCAGCGCUACUCGCUAUAUAGACCAUGUGUAAGCUUGAACAUUAACCCUUCACAUUAAUGGAAGAGGGUCCAACAGGAUUUGAUGCGCUUGUUGAUGACUCAAAACAACUCGAAAAUAACAUCUUGUGUUGUUAUGCUGACACAAUGCGAGUAGAAAUCAUUUGUGGUGCAUUGAGAUUAAUGAUCAUAUGAAAUUUCAGUAGCGGCACACGCAAUUCAGCAGUGGCAGUGCGCUGCUGCUGAUUGAAUGUCGGGGAAACACUGUUGAAGGUAGAGCCACACAUAUUGAUAUAAAAAAAGGUUGUGUUCAGGUUUAAGCUUAACAUGUGAAAAAGUUCAGACAUAAACGGGUUAGGUUUAUUUAGGAUUAUAAUAUGUACUUAUUGCACAUUGACAGGCAGCUUCUGUCUAAUGUUUCGACGAGUGUUUUCUUGAUGAACACCAUAUUCUAAAGACGGCAAUCUUGAGCUAUAUUUAUAUAGUUUUCUGAUGUAAUGCCGAUGCUGUUUUGUGAUACGGCAUGUGCAGCAGGUAAUAUGCUGUCAAAACUGCCCCCUAGAUAACAAGUGUCAAAUUUUUUGCAGAGGAUCUGCAGCUGAAAGCCUGAUCAUGGCAUGUGUAGACAGGAAGUCUGUUAGUAUCUAUCUCUGACCUUAGGUCUGUCUCAGUGUUUCAGUUGCACUUUUUCAUCUCUGGCUUUUAUUCGCACUCCUUUCAUGCUACUUCCAGCUGUGUGUCUAGUCCAAACAUGUUGCUGCACUCUUGUAAUGAGAUAAUGUGAAGACGGAGUAGUUCUUGGCUUUUUUUCCCUAUUUGACCAACAAUCAAAAUGUAAUUUGCAUGUCUGCACUUGUGUUCAUACUCAGUUUGAUUUGUAUGGCCAUUCUUGUUUUAUGCACUCUCCCUCUCUUUCUACAUGUCACUAGUGCUGCAACUAACGACUAUUUUUUUGUCGACUAAUCUAUCGACUAGUCGUUCGAUUAAUCACGAUUAAUCACUAUCUUCUUUAUUUAUAAACACCUAUUUCUGGGGUGUCGGCGUUUCAGGUGCUCAUGCAUCGCCGUGGUGCUGCCAUGGUAGGCAAAGCAUAGCUUGCACUCAACGUGUUUUUUUGGUUUGUUCUCCGUAAAAUGUUCCUAAACUUUUGAAGUUUUGGGUCGGAGUUUUGGAGCGUCUUCUUCUGUUUGUUCUGCCAUAAUGUGUGCACUCUUCUUCUGUGAUUGCUCGCGGGAUGUAAACAGCGAGCGCUACUGCCCCCAGCACAUCCUGUAGUGCACUGCAGUUAUAGAUGAGCAUGAGGCGCCGGCAUGUGAUUCUUAACAACAAUAACACGACGCGUCAACGCUUAAUUUUCGUGUCGAUGAAUUUGUCGUGUCGACGUAAUCGAUUACGUCGACUAAUCGUUGCAGCCCUACAUGUCACUCUAUCUCUCUCUAGGUUUCAGGUUGUCAUAAGUGUCAUCACAAGGCCUCUCUGCAGGCCCAAAUGUUGUUGAAAAAAUUAACCAAUGAAACCAAUGAGCGAAAGAAAGUUAUAACACUAAUGUUUAUAACACUGUUUUUCCCACUAAUACCACCUCAACAUCCCCUCCUCAUCCAGUUGGUUUUGAGCUAGACAUAAUGCCAGAUGCUCCCCUAUCUUGAUGUAAACAAGCACAGAACACAGAUAUAAGCCUGCAGAUGUCACUGUGCAGUUUAGCAGGAUAGUCUCAUAUCUGUUGUGUCUGGUUACCUUGUUUAGUUAGAUGUGUAAUGGGCACAGUUACGAGGAAGUUAGCUGCUAGGAGGAUGGAGGCUGGUGGUUCUAGCUCUGCUUAUAUAAGCAACACUCAGUAAACCAAUUUGAUGUAGUUUACCUGAAGACUCUGCUCCUGUGUGUUUAGUUGAUGCCAAUUUGGUCUUAUUUGAGUUUUCUUACUGUCAUAAAACUAACUGUCUAACUUUAAGACAGUUAGUUUUAUGAUAUGAUAGUUAUAUGAUAUCAUUGUUGUAAAUUGAUACUGAAAGUAAGGCAUUCCAUCAAACAAAUUGUACUUUGUUUUUUUUUCUAAUACUAGCUAUAAAAUGCAUUCAGUUGGUGUGAAAGAAUUAAUUCUUGCUCUGGGAGUAGGGUUGGGCAGUAUCCAAAUUUUGAUACCUUCAUAUGUCUCCACAUUUUAAUGUGUUAUACAGUAUUACUGUGACUAAUUAAAAAUUGUGACUUAGGCUCAAACAGCAUCACCAAACUGGUGGCUUGUGCCUGCACUGUUCAGAAACAGAAAACCAAACACUGAUAAUGAAACGAGAACAACAUGGUGGCCCUCAUUUAUCAAGCUUACGUACGACAGAAAACUUGUGUACACCUUGCGUACGAAAAUUUUGACGUGAGGAUCGGCAUUUAUCAAUCUGCACAUGAGUGUACACUACGACUAAAUCUCACGACAGGUCUGACAUCGUGAACGCAAGUUUGAGUCAGUGUGGAUCUGUGGCGCAGCAAAUGUCUGUCUCGAAAUAAUUGAUAAACAAACCUGUCAUUAAUCACAAUCAGCCAGAUUUCAUUAAAGAUUAAGACGUAAAUAAAAUAAAAUAAAUUUGUUAUGUCCUUAGUGAAUAGGCCUAUUUGAUAACUCUGCCCAGAAACACUGCCACAGAGCAGGAGCGCCGUUUCAGCAUUACACACACAUGCACACGCGCCACUGUGGAGCGCUGCGUUUGACUCCUAAAAGGCAGGUGUCGCUGUCUUGGCCCAGCAGUGGGCACAUUGUUGUACACUCCUGAAAGGGUGUGGGACAUCAUUUGGGCCAGUUCAGUUUUGCACAAUGUUGCACUGGCGAAUGGAGUGCCGCUGGCUCUGCCAGUGCAACGUGAGGACCCGAUGCCCGGAGAACAAUAACGAGGAGAGACUCCACAAUGGUGCUGUACAGAGGAGACAGGACCUUAUCGAUGGAUUCUGACAUGUACAGUAUAAGUUUAGAAAGUGCUCUUGCUAUUUAAUCAGUGAUAAAAAUCCAAUAGAAAUCCAUAAAAAUGUGCCUCAGGGGCAGCAACACACAGUUUAGUGACGUUAAUAAUUAUUUUCGUUCAGCCUCUGUCAGACUCUCCAGUCUGCUCUACAUUACAAAGACUCAACAAAUUAAAACUAAAUACUUUCAAUAAUUGUCAUGGCAAUUCUCAAAACUACUGGAAAAACUCUUUGUGUCUCGACUUGAUAAUUUCAUUGAAAAACAUAACAUCUUGUGUGAUCAACAGUGGUUUCAGAGCAAAUCGGUCCACAUCAAUGGCAGUGAUGAGUCUAACAGAACGGAUUGCCACUGCCAUAAACAAUAAGGAAAUUACAGGAGGUGUGUUCGUUGACCUCCGGAAAGCUUUUGAUACGAUACAUCAUGAACAAUUUUUAAUGAAAUUAGAACAUUAUGGUAUUAGAGGGGUAGCUCAUUCAUGGUUAAAAAGUUACCUUGAAGAUAGAUAUCAAUAUGUAGAAAUCAGAAAUGAGAAAUCCAGUAUGCAAAAAGUAAAGUGUGGAGUCCCUCAGGGAUCUGUUUUAGGACUAAAACUCUUCAUUUUAUAUAUCAACGACAUUUGCAAUGUGUCAAAUAUCUUAAAUUAUGUAUUGUUCGCGGAUGAUACAAAUUUAUUUUGCCAUGGAAAAAACUUGGUGGAGCUUCUGAAGACAAUAGAAGGGUAACUAAAUAAACUAAAAACAUGGUUCGAUAAAAAUAAAUUAUCCUUGAACAUAAACAAAACAAAACUAAUAAUAUUUAGAAACCAAAAAAUAGAUAAAGAAAUCACAUUGAAAAUUAAUGGUGUAACUGUUGAAAGAAUUUAUGAGCAUAAAUUUCUUGGUGUGAUUAUUGAUCACAAAUUAAGUUGGAAGUCUCACAUAAAUCUCAUUAAAAGGAAAAUGUCUAAAACCAUUGCCAGGAUGUAUAGAUCAAAAGAAAUCCUGAAUCAAAACUCAUUAUACUUACUGUACUGUUCCCUCAUAGUUCCCUACAUGACAUACUGUUUGGAGGUAUGGGGAAAUACAUAUAAAACAAAUGUUCAUCCAGUUUUUAUCCUAGAAAAGAGCCAUACGAAUAAUCAAGAGAGCAGAAUACUGUGUGCCUACCAACACCUUAUUUAUAAAUUUAUAUGCGCUGAAAUUCUGGGACAUAGUUAAUCUUCAAACUUUACUUGUCCUGUACAAAGCCCACAACAGUCUCCUUCCAUCCUGUCUUCAGAGGUUAUUUGAAACCAAAGAAAACAAAUAUGAACUUAGAAACAAAGGUAUGUUCAAACCAAAUUGGGCUAGAACCAAUACCAAAAAACAUUGUAUAACUGUUAAAGGGGUAAGUUUGUGGCAAUGCUGUGAUAAGGACUUAAGGAUCUGCAGUACAUUAUAUGGAUUCACAAAUUUUUUUAAAAAUCAGGCGAUUAAAAAGUAUAGAGAGAUACUAUAAACUGUCAUUAUUUACAGGUGUAUCGCUAUGUUUGGAUGUAUUAUUAUUAUUAUGAUUAUAUCGCAUACUAUUUCUGAAAAAGCUAAAGAGGGGGAAGGGGAAGAAAAGAAAGGAAAAAAUGGAAAAAAAGAGGAGAAAAGGGGGAAAGAAAUGAAAGAAGAAGGGGAAAAUAGAAAAAAAGGGAGAAAAAAGGAAAAAGAGAAAAAAAAGGCAGAUCUUCGUUGCUGUUUGUUUUUGUUUUUCUUGCUGUUUUCUUGUUUGCUUUUCUUUCCAGAGUAUCCUUGCACUAAGUUCGUUGUUAUUGUUUAUUUAUUUUUCUGGAAUGUUAAGAUCUUUGUAAUUUUUUUUUUGCCUCUGUUUUCUUUGUGAGGGUUUUGUUUGACAUCUUCUAUAGCUUAAAGAAGCAAAAACAAGUGAUAAGGGUAGGCAAAAUAAGCCAUGGGCUUCAGCCUACACCUUGGAGAAGAAGAAUGUAUUUGUAUAUUUGUAAAGAACAAUCAAAUCUGAAAUCUGAACUCCUACAAAUAAAGCUCUUUGAGAGAGCUUUGAGAGAGCAAUAAAACAAAUAUGAGGCAUGUAUGAGAUAUUGAUUUAUCAUCAUGAGCAACUUAUUGACUAAUAAACUGCAAACUUCAGCCACUGUCCACUAUUCCGGCACUGUUCAGCGCCACCAUAAUCCUGCUCCAGACAGGAGUUUUCUGGACUGCUUUUAUACCAGUUUUGAUGCUUCCAAAGAGAAAAUCUUUGUUAGUUUCCACCACAGAUGUGAGGAUAUCCACUUUCAUCUUGGAAAAGUUUUGAAUCUUUCUAAUAUUUCUCUCUUUCAUGUUUGACCUCAGUGGGUGAAACUUCUGAACCACGAAUAUUUAAGGGCAUAAACAUGUUAAUGACGAUCGAUUUCAGCCGCCGCAUUUAUCAAGACCCCAUCAUAGGUACGCUGGGAUUGGUCAGAUACAAACCUUUUCAUAAAUCGCAUGUGUCCUAUCGUACGAUGAAUCCUGCGCUCAGAUCUGCACUCAGGUCUGCACAAGAUUGAUAAAUGAGGGCCAAUGUGCAUAAUAUGAACAACUUUGAUAGAAACAGCUUAAAAAGUGCACAACAGUCAAACAUUUAAAUUAACAUAACCAUCCAGAAAAGUAUUUGCACAGAAUAUGCCACAAACACAUCAAUUAGAUUAAAUCUUAGCCUGAGCAACUUUGAAUAACAAAAACAGUAGCUUAUAAACAAGUGCAAACAUAACAGUGAAACAAUUAACUUGACCUGACCACCACCCAGAACAGGUUUUGCACAGGAUGCUUCUUUUCCACUGUGUAGAUAGAGACAAUUUCCUCAACAAGUAUUUUGUCACUGCAUCAGUGCAGGUUUUCUAACAGACACGGUCCCUUUUGUGCUCCGUAGUUUUUCCGAAGGCCCCCAUUGAGCGGGAGGCGUUGAAACUGCUGCACCGAGUGACCUCGGGGCCAAAUGCAUCGUGGCAGCAGUGAGUGGGUGGUUGAUUCAGAGAUACUUCCUUAGGUUAGAAGUGUUUCUAUCUUUCAUGGUCACCUUUUUAUUACUACUAUUUACUACUAAAUUUGAAAAACAAACAAAACAAAAACACUAUUUUGCUUAAUCUGUCUUACUUUACUCUCUUACUCCACUCCGCUUUUCUCCCACACCCCUGUUGCAGUUUUGGUGGUACACUGUUCAAGAUUACAGUAACAAAUAGCAUACAUCAUAUAUUGACAGAAAGCACAGAUACCCAGUUGUUUGUCAGUGUUGGAAUUUUUCAGAUUGAGCAAACUUUCAAGGAGUUACAGUAUUGAGAAGCUGUGUAGCUCUCUGCCGAUACUUUCUGUGUUUUGCAAUUACUGCCUACCUUGCAUGGUUAUGACUGCCGUAGUAAAUCCUAUAUAGGUUCAUGCCCACAACUCUCAGCUUUCUAACACUAUUGAAGUUUUUCUGAUCGGACAAACUUUGAUGGGGUUACAGUAAUAACAGUUCAGGCAUACAAAACACAGCGCCAGUGCUAUGACGGUAUAGAAACUGAUAUUGUCACUUUUGAAAGACACCGCCAGUGUACCUCAUUACCCUAUUACCGCCCAGCCCUAUCAGGGAGUCUUAAGGACUGACUCCUCUCAAUCCUUCACCGAUACUUUUUUGGCAAAGAUGCAUUAAUCUGGGCGUAUGUUGCAAGGAACAGCACAAUACAAAGCAAGAAAUAGUGCUGAACUCUCUGAAGACUUGAUAUAAAAUCCAAUCACAGGAAAGUGGCAUCAAAGUUGAAAGCAUGUCUGAUAGUGAGCACUACAAGCCUGGGUGUUUGGAAAACAAUUGUGAGGGAUAAAUGAAUGUAGGAAAAGAAACUAACAGGUCUCUUAGUUUGCAUUUGGUGUGUGUGCCCUGUGAACACCUCCCAAGGUGACGAGCAGUCAACAGGCUGUGCGUCAAGUACACUUAUCAGCUCCUGCACACAUUUACCCUACAUGCAAUAUCAUGUAUUGCAGAGUUUGGAUAAGGAAGGAUUGAUGAUAACUCCUGCACUCAACUAAAUUGCAUCUUACUUUGACACUUCCUCAUGCUUACUGUACUUUAUGUUGAUUACACCUUACAUUAGGAGAGUUACAGCAGCAUAGACCCCCAUUAGGACUCCCUUGGGUCUCUAUUAAACCAGGAAAAGCUUUUUGCAUUGAAAAGACACUGGUAUGAUGUAAUCUUGCUCUGACAAGCCCAGAGGAAUUGGGAGUGUUUAGGAAUCUUGCCAUGGCAACAAGGUCUUCCUUAACAACAGCUCUACAAAAUGCAUUCAGAAAAGCGUCUGCAACAGCAGUUAGAAAUAAAAAUUUGAAAUCUUUUUGAUAAUCACAUAAUUUGUUACAAUUAACUGAGUAUGCUAAGUGUGUUUAACACAAAAAGCCCGCUGUUCAAAAUAGGUUUUUGUGUGAGAAAUGUGCUCGUGUCUGCACUGAGGUAGAUUCCACAGACAGCUACAGAGGUGGGACCAACAGUUCUGUCCUGUUUUGAGAAACGGGCACUUCAAAUUUUAACUUAAAAAACCCAGAAAGAAUCCUAAUCCCAACCAAAAGAUGGAAAAGCCCCGAAACCAUUAAAGGGGACCUGCCAUAAAAAUGUAAUUUUUGGGUUUUUUUGUGUCAGAUAAGGUCCACAUUAUGUUCGUCUUAUGUUGUAAAUGUGAAAACAAACCGUUACGUCGUUUGCAUUCUGUAAAGGUUUAAAAUAAAGGAACGAGUAAACCAGGCCAAUUGAAAAAGCAGGUUGGUGUUAUGUUGCGCUGACCUUGCUCAUUAUUAUUCACGAGCACGUCCUCGGUGAGCCGUGCCCACUCUCUCGUUCUCGUACUCAGUCACAGCCAGAGCGAGACCCAGCUACCACUGUAUCCGCUAUGGGUCUCUUCCAAACGACCGGUGUUUCCUUGGGUUCACUGCCGGGAAAAUGAACUUAAAGCUGGGCAGAAUGAAUGAGAAAACACCGCUGGAGAUCUCCGGCUUCUUCCUCAACUUCCACCUCCUUUUUGGACUCGGGGUCUAAAAUAUAUGGUUUAAUACCUGCCGUUUUUAGCCUUUAGCAUAAGGUGACCAGACGUCCCCGAUUUCCGGGGACAGUCCCCGUAUUGGAUGACCUGUCCCCGGCAAAAGCUGUCCCCAAAAAUGUCCCCGAUUUAAGCGUUUCAUGAAUGAGAGCAAAAAUGUUGCGUGUGGGCUCGAACAACGGUUAUUACAGUAGCCGAAUAGGUAGGAAGCAAAAGUUAGCAGUCCUGAACAACAGUUCUUACGGAGGUUAUUACAAGGGGCAUGCGCUGCUACUAAAUAGUACCGAGACUUUGUCUGUGAUCACACAGCUCCUGCAGCCCCUGCACCGCCGCCGCCGCCGCCGCAUCGAAUAUCCCCGGAUAUCAUUACAGACAUCUGGGCACCUUACUUUAGCAAACAUUAGCAUAUGUUAUUAGCAUUAGCAUAAUAACAAUGGAUAAACCGAAAUCCGAACCUCCACUGCUGAGCCAAUCAGAGCACAGCAGGCUUCACAGCAGCGAUCCAAUCAGAGUAAAGCUCUCUACCAUAAAUGUUAAUGAGCCAAAAUCAGUUGGUUUUCCUGUAAGGUUUUUUAGGCAUACUAAAACAAACCAUCAAAUAACUUUUCAGCUAAAAUUAUGUUGCAAACAUGAUCAGAGGACAUCAAGGAUUAUGAAAAAAUGAUAAAAAUGGGUAUGAAAUUUUGGUGGCAGGUCCCCUUUAAGCUUGAAAGAAUUGAACAGCUUUACACAAACUUUCAGGAAGUAGCCGGGUUUUGUUUGUGCCUCUGUUCCUCAAUCACACCUGAAGCUGUCACACAGUCAGCAACCAUAGAGACGGACCAACUAUGCACACAGAUCCACACAUACCCACAUUUGUGAAUUAUCUUUGCAGUCCUAGACUGGCUGACAGAAUAGAAGAAAGAGAAACGGGGAUUAUCACUUAUGUUUCUCUUGGUCACAAGUAGCUGGGUGUUGGCUGUGAGGCUAACACCUCUGCACAGCAAUUGAGCAAACACAAAGAAAUGUCUCACAGCAACAUAGUGAGAAAAUACAGACUGUAGGCAUGUAACCUGCAAGGGAUGUGUAUGAUUAGUCAACUAAAUGAUUGAAAUUCUUCACCCUCACCAGUUGGCACCAUUAUUAGAAGUCAUUAAAAUAAAUUAAUAUUAUGAUUGGCCCUGGUUUUAAAGCUGUAGGAAAACCAGUAGCCACUAGUCGCUUCUUUUCAGUGUGCCACCACAACACUUUGAUGUCCUGCUAUGCGGAUGUAAACAAGCACCGAUGACAUAGCAUCUUGUAAUUAAGGCUGCACGAUAUUGGAAAAAACUAAAAUUGCGAUUUUUUUCAACCCUGGGAUAUAUAUUGCAAUAUUAAAACAUACAGGAAUUUUCACCAGAUGACCUGAAUAGCAUUAAAUGUUAUGCUGCACCGCUGAAGUCUUCAGGACAGUUAACCUGCACUGAUCUUACCUCUUGUUGUGAAUGUUAGUAGAGUGGCUUCUGUCUGUCUCAGAGAUAUUUUUAGCUUUUGUUGUGCUUUUAUUGUGGUUGACAUCAUCCUUCUUUUAACCGAAAUAAUUCCAGAGAACUGACCUUUUUUUUCUUUUCUUUUUGGCAACAAAUCAUCUUCGGUGGUUUUCUCUUGUUCGUUGCUCAUUUUGCAAUCGUUGUUGUUGUUAUUACCGUUGUUGUGGCGAGAAACGCAUGUCCUCCGAGAAUUGCAUGCACCUUGCAAAACACGCACCUCUUAUAGUAGAGUGGUCCACGGAAAGAAACAUUUUAAAACCCAUACAAUUCUUGUUUGUUGGGCUAAACAGUGAUGAGUAUAGUUCCGAAAGUAAUUUUCAGUGGACACACAUUUCUCGGCUCAACACCAGCAGCCAGCGACUCACUCCAUCUGUAGAACAUGUGCAGGGGUGUAGUUUCCUCCUCUCUGAUUUUGAUUGACAGCUGGCAGGGUAGUCUGAUUGGCAACUGAGAACUGAGUUUGAUUGGCAGCUGAGUAAAGAACGAAGGUGAUUGGUGGAUCGCUGCACAGCACAUCUAGAGUCACAUGCAGUGUUUCUCAGUCAGCUACCCUUGAAAUUAACUGAGUUCAUUCGCCUCCGACAUUGCAGGCUCUGCGAUGUGACUAUUGCACACACGUACAUCGCGAUGACGAUGUUCAAACGAUAUAUCGUGCAGGUAUAAUUUAAUGCACUUGUAAUGCAGUGCAGCUUGUCGUUGCUUUGUAUGUGGGAUGCUUUGUGGUAAAUUGACUGAAGAACUUGUCUGGAAGUUUUUUAAUGAUCAUUCAGUUACAAAGGUUAUUGCAAAAGAUAAUAUGUAUUAUGCUGUGACCCAAAUAUGUAGUUUGAUGCAUUUGCUGUAUUCAUAGUGCCCAUUUCUACCUGUAUAAUAGUGCCAACUAUUAAGGUUGAUGUGUGAAACUGGCAUGCUGUGGAUGUUACAGGAUCAGUCAGUGUUGAGCAACAAAGCCGAAAAUAGAUUUUUCAGUCAUAUAGCAACAGCAGGACAUGUGAAAAGUUGAAAUGGCAGCCAUUCAGUCAGCCUCUGAGUGUUUUAGAAAGUCAGACAAAAGAGUGCAGAGCUUAUAAAGAGUGUUGUUUAUCCAUACUAUUUGUGGUGUCAAAAGUGAAAAAACCUCUGUUAAGUACCAAAUAAGCCACAUCUGAGCCACAAAGAUCUCAUUUACUUGAAACUACACUUUGGUUUCACAGUGGGUUCCUCAGUUUCCUAAGGUACUCUUAUGUAAAGUCAAAGAUAACUUGUUAAAGCAGGUUCUGUCCUUCAUGACCACAAAAAAGCCCUUGUUGUUUUUUGCCUUUCUUUGGUUUCACCUUUUUUUUUAAAUACUAUUCUCUCCACAUUCAUUUCACACCAAAGAUCAAAAAAAUUGUCUGAGUUGGCUUUUUCUCCUCUUUCAAACUCUGAGUACACAUUGUACUGGGUUCAUGUGCUCCCGACUUCAGGAGGUUGACCUCUCUGCUUUUUAUACAUGUUAGAAGCUGCAGCUGCAUUCCUCUCUCAUCAACCUCAAUGACAGGCUCUUUUUCUUCAACCUCUUUCUGAAAUUCCACUCCUCUCUCCCUCCGCUUUUUGUUAUCAUUUUUUUUUUCUGACCAUUCUGUUCACGUCUAGUUUUCUCUCUGUCACUCUCAGCCACACUCAGUCUGUGUGAAUUGCCCCAGUAUUCCUUCUGCCCCCUUCCCCCCCUCUUCUUUCAGUCUGUAAGAUGAUAGCAGCAGUCGGUCCGCAGCCAGCUUCAGGGGCCCUUGUGAAAGCGUUUUUCAGAUGGAGGCAGGAGCAGAGAUGAACAAACUGUACUCUGUGUACUGAACAGUGGCAGUGAACAUAUUCAUGGUCUGGGGUCGAGCAUUGGUAAAGCUUUGAGGUUGUUCUUUGUGAAUGAAAUGCAACAAAUGUUGACAUUACUAAAUCAAAAUAUAUCUGAAUUAAGGCUGCACGAUAUUGGAAAAAAAUAAUAUUGCGAUUUUUUUCAACCCUGCGAUAUAUAUUGCGAUAUUAAAAAUACAGUAUUUUCACCAGAUGACCUGAAUAGCACUUAAUGUUAUGCUGCACUGCUGAAAUCUUGAGGACAGUUAAUCUGCUCUGAUCUUACCUCUUUUUGUGAAUGUUAGUAGAACGGCUUCUGUCUGUCUCAGAUAUAUUUUUAGCUUUUAUUGUGCUGGGACGUUAUUGUGGAAACAGAUGAACACAGAAGACGUGUUUUGGUCGACAUCAUCCUUUUUUAACCGAAAUAAUUCCAGAGAACUGACCUUUCCUUUUCUUUUUGGCAACAAAUCUUCAUUUUCGGUGGUUUUCGCUUGUUCGUUGUUCAUUUUGCGAUCGUUGUUGUUGUUAGCGGUGCUGUACCGAGAAACGCAUGUCCUCCGAGAAUUGCAUGCACCUCGCAAAACGCGCACUGCUUAUAGUAGAGAGGUCCACGGAAAUGAACAAUUUAAAACCCAUACAGUUCUUAUUUGUUGGGCUUAAUAGUCAUGAGUAAAGUUCCGAAAGUAAUUCUCAGCGGACACACGUCUCCCUCCAUGUGCAGAACAUGUGCAGGGGUGGGUUUUCUCCUCCCUGAUUUUGAUUGACAGCUGGCAGGGUAGUCUGAUUGGCAGCUGAGAAGUGAGUCUGAUUGGCAACUGAGUUAAGGACGAAGGCGAUUGGUGGAUCGCUGCACAGCACAUGCAGAGUCACAUGGAGUGUAUCUCAGUCGGUUACCCUUGAAAUUAAAUGAGUUCAUUCACCUCCAAUAUCGCAGGCUCUGCGAUGUGACUAUCGCACACACGUACAUCGCGAUGACGAUAGUCAAACGAUAUAUCGUUCAGGCCUAAUCUGAACUUAUACAUUACACAUUUAUAACUCAACUAGCUAGCAUGAUUAUUAUUCAGAUAAAAAAGACCAAAUUCUUUAGGUUUAGUGAUAAAAGUUAUUUCACAGGAACUAAUUUUCUCCAUGUUUUCCUGUCAAUUAUCCAUCCACUCAUUAUCUGUACGGCCUGUCCCAGCUGUCACUCAGUACAUUAUCAUGCACACUUGAGCCGAGCUACAGUUAUGGCAUCACUAAGAAGAACUUCUUUGAACAGCUUUUCUCUCGCAUGAGGUCUUCAUUGUGUGUUAUAAAAAAUGGUGGUUUACUUAAAAAUAAAAAUAAAAAUUUGUGGAGUGAUGGUUUGAUGGGAAAGACUGCUAGUUUAAGACAAGUGACCAGGGUGGCACAAGUUCCUGAAAGUUAGCUGUGGCCAGUGAGUCCAUCCAUAUCUCAAAACUAUUAAGGCUACCAUAAGCAGAGUUCACAAACCUCAUUGGAUGGCAAAAACAGAUGGUGCCUGAAAGAGAGAGACGACUCCGUCGGAACUGCGUGUUGCUUCAUGUAGGUAGACAGUGAAACUGUUAUGUCUCUGGGCCCCUUAAAAACAGACUGUGUCUUCAUUAUACACAUAUUUGAUGGUAAGUCCUAUAACAUACAUGAAAACAUCAAGUCCAUGCAAGCAGUAUUGAAAAUCACCAAACUAAAUAAAAAUAGCAAAGAAUUUUUCUGUCUCUCUGUUGAAUACAAUUUGAAAGAUCCGAUCAGCCACUGAUUAAUGACACCUAGAGUUUGAACGUUGGAUCAUAACUUGAUCACAGAACUUUUAAUUGGGCAAAUAUUGUCGAACAAAAUAAAAAAAAAAUCUUCAGUCUUGGCAAAUUUUGUGGGCUUCUACCACCUUCUCUGUGAUUCUGACUUUCCAGAAUGACCUUUGUGUCUCCAAAUGGGCAUCACCACAGUGUCUGUUGUAUAAGGAAUACAUUAGGUAUUAAAAUGUUGCAAGACAGGCUGUCAUGCUAGCAUUGCACUGCAGAAAAAGUUGAUCAUUAGAACUAUAAAAAAGUAUUCAAGGUCUUGAAAGUACAGGCUCAAUAUUUUCUAGAAAAAAAGGUUUAAUUUGUAACAAGUAUUGUAAAUUAGAUUGCAAAAACCUGAGAUCUCUUAAGAAGCAGCAUGUCAGGAUCAUCUUACUGCAUUACUUUGACCAGUGCAACCUUAUAAGGCUUGAAACGGCUAUCCCUCAGUCUUCCCUGUGAAUCCGAAGCUUUGGGAUUGACUGGGGUGUUUCAAUACAGGAAGGUUAAGUCCAGAUCCAGGAGUGUAAACAAGCCAAGUUCUCUGGAAGGGUCUUACCCUCUUAAUGCUGCGACUGCUGUUGAUCAGGUUCCACAUGCAACACUUGACAGUCCUGCUCUGUUUAUCAUUUGUCUUCACUCUAACUCAAACUGCCUCUUAAAAUAACUUGUAAUGGCGACAUCAUUGUCCUGUUGGUUUUUUUUGAUUGGUCAAAGAGAGCAGCGAUCUACUUCUGGCAGCCGUUACUGUUUGGUUGUUGGCAGUAUGCCUGGGUGAAGUCAGUGAGCUCGAGUUUGCAAAGGUGGAGUUUGGCCUUGGUUAGCUGCUUCAAGAUAGUAUGCAGAGUUUUAUAGUGUUGGUUCUGGUCUUUGUCUCAGUGAACUAAGGGACAGCAGUUGAACCAAUUUUUCCUGUAGCACCUUGUUACGUACCAGAAUAUUAGUGCCACUGCACUCUGUGAAAUCAGUAUUUCAUAAAACAUGCUAUGAUCUUGUUGCACAUGCAGGCUUGGCUGCAUGUGCACACUGGCUUGUUGUGCACACAUGGGUUUGUUUGUUCUCUUAUCAUACUGGCUAGUGAACAGAGUGGUUACUAUUUGAACUCAGAGUUUAUAAAUAGACCUGUGUACUGCAGCAGCAGGCAGAGGGAGUGAGCACACUUAGUAACCUGUAGGAGGAAAAGGUCAGGAGACAUUCAGGCUCACACACAUUUCUACUUGCUGUCAAACACACUGGUCCACUCUCACCAAAAGAUUUCUGCCUCUGUCUGCUCUCUGUUGAUGUUUCAUUGUUUAUGUCGCCCAAGUCUUUCUAGCAGUUCUCCUCUUCUCGAAGAUAACAGGGUGUAGUUGCCACAGCGUCCUGGGGCAGUCUGCCAGCUUUAAGCUUGUUGUGUAACCCUAAUCUAGUCCAACUAAUACACACCCCACUCCUCCCAAGAAGAGAGCAAGGUGGUCAGUCCCCUAAUGUGUUUUUCAUACGGCUCAUUUUUUAAACUUACCCAGCCGGCCUGUACUCACUCUUCUUUUUACCCUCAGCAGGGGAUAUUUACAGGAUUUGAUUUCAUUCAAGAAUUGAGUAAAAUAGGCCAUGUGCUUCUGUCAAGAAGACCCAGAUGCUCUCAACUACCUCCUGAAAAAGAAUAUUUCAUACUUCCUGCUAGUGCUGGGCGAUAGGACGAUAGAUAUCGUGGGCACAAUAGAAAAUGUCUAUCGUGCCAUUUUUAUUUUUAUCGUUUCGGGCGAUAGGCUGUAUUUUAUCCAUAGGGCUUGUGCCAUCAGAUGAUUCAUAGUAACAACAACAAUAAUUGCACAUUCAGUAAGUGUAUUUGGUGUCAAACGGAAAAGAAAACAAUGUUUUCUUACAAAGAAAAGGAUGCGUUGACAUGUAGGCUCGCAUUUCUCUUUCGAUUUUGCGACAUGACGCCGCUUUACGUGCCCUCUUCGUGUCCAGCGUCUCCCGCCGUUGCGGGUUACCUCGGUUACACAUUUAAGGGAUCAUUGUAAGCAGUGCUUAAUUUGUGCCGGGACCUCUUUUGAUCGGAUCCGGGACCUAUUUCAGCCGCUCCGGCACCUGUUUCAUCUGCUCCGGGACCUUCCCUGUAGAGGAUGACAUUUUUCGGGAAUUCCCGUGGGUCACGUGAUUCCCGCGGGAAUCCCACGGGAUGGGAGUCAUUUUUAAAUAACCCCUUGAUCGGGACGGGACGGGAAAAAAAAGCAACGGGAGUGGGCAGGAGCGGGAACAACAUUAAUAGAUGAUCAUUUUCAGCCGUGUUAAACAACCAGAUGAACAGGUGCGUCCAUUUUUGUAGUCAUCUCUCAGUGAGAGCCAACACUCUUGACCGCGCUAGCAACACAAAAGAACUACAACAGUGGUUUGACUUCCUGUCAGCUGGGAGCGCGGCUGCGCAUUUCUACCCUUCAAGUCAGGAGCGAGGAAACGUGAUUUUGUGACAUUCUGUAGUUUUUCAAUCAUUUCUGGAGUCGUGGCGAAUCAAAUCACCUUACCUGUCUGCCCCUGAUAGGCGGAUUCAUGCUCGGGUCUUGCUACGUGCUUCAAGAGUAAAGUAAACAAUGAUGGAGGCAGAGAGCAGCUUUGGAGGAGAAACAUCCAGCAGUGUGAACAACCUCUUCAAAAGAGCCCUAAAGACCUACCUUUUUAAUAAAGCCUUUGGUUAGCUUUCCUCUAUGCUUUUACUACCUUGCCUCUUACAUUGCAACUCUAUAUUCUUUAUUUUUUUAAUUCUUUUUUUGCGUUUUUUAUGCCAAUCUGUGACUGUCAUUCUAUUGCUUUUUUAUUGUUGCUGCUCUUUUUUUACUGUGUACUGUAGCACUUUGAGAUUUUUUGUAAAUGUAAAGUGCAUUACAAAUUAAAUUUAUUAUUAUUAUUAUUAUUAUUAUUAUUAUUAUUAUGGAGUGCUUUGGUUCACACUAUCGGCGUUUUCUGUGAGUGUUGCAUAACUUUGGGUGAGCACAGACAUGAACACACUUCAGCCACAUAUUUAUUUAUUCAUUUUUCUAGUUUUAAGUGCUGGUCUUGUACUGGCACUGUACUAGGGCAGCUGUAUACACUUUAAUUUUUCAUAGAACUGAAAGCAUACCAUAACUAUAUUGUGAUAUAUAUCGUUAUCGUGAUAUAAAAUGAUCCAUAUCGUGAUAUACAUUUUUUUCCAUAUCGCCCAGCACUACUUCCUGCUGACAUGUCACUGCGCAUCAAAUACUGGGGCAGAUCAGAAGGUCUUAGUUGGAUACCAUAAGAUCUCUGAUCAGCUUUGACUGUUUGUGCAGGGUGGGGCAGGUAGAGAUCAUGCAGUCCAAUUUUCGCUGUCAGUAAUGCUAGACACAUUCCUUCCACAGGCAGGAAGAAAUCUGACCAGAGUAAGGAAUGACCCACUGUCAAAACUAUUCCACCUUUGGAUGAACCACUGACAACACCAGAAUUGACCUAGUACAGGCACAAAAAUUGGUAUCAGCCUGUCAUUCACCUAAAUGUGAUAUGAGGGGUUGAAAAAAUGAACUGAUCUGACACCAUGACCACUUACGCUGCAUGUCCACUCAGCAGUUUGGUUUAAUUUGGUGCAGUGCAUUACAUAAUCUUGCCCAUUUUCACAGACAAAAGUGGGGAAAUCUACCAAAAUACUGAUCUGUACUUUCCUACUUUUUGGUACUCUCUGUUGGGUUAUCAGACUUACCUGCCUGACUUUGGAGAGUGGAGCUAGACACAAUCACUGCAACGUACCUGCUGUCAACUUGAUUUAUGCCACAUUUGUUUUCAGUAAUGUUCUUAGACAACUUUUUGUAAGAUUAUGGGAAAACAAGGGUAGUCUCUACAGAAAAUACAGGUCCAACAUUAUACUUAGUAGAGCAUCUAGGAAGUGCUUCCAUAGUAUAUUAUACAUGCUUGUGACAUAAAUCAAGCUAACACAGCACUGAACUCGGCAUUAUUUGUCUAUUUUGGCCAAUAUCCCUGGGUGGCUUGCAGAGAUAAAAUCACAAGCCUCCCGUUCUCUAGAUUUCAGACAAUUAAGGUGGAUCUGAGAUAGUUGUAAGAACCUCUACCCACACCAACAAUAAGAAAAGUUCGCUUUUUUUUUUUAACAUGCAUGCCAUGAAAUUAAAAUAUAGCUGUUCUGAAGCCGGCUUGCUUCCUGUACAAUGUGCCAGGAUACAGUUGGCUGUUGAGAGCAUAAUCCGGCCAAUGUGAACCACUUGGUAGAAACACACUAUUAGUGACCCCAACUUGUGUUGGUUGAACUGUCACCUGCCAAGAUAGGUAAAUGGAUUAUUUGUAAUGCCUGUCAUAUGUUGUGUCCAGUCUGUAGCUUAGCCAGCCGCCACUGGCUGUGGCUGUAUCUGUUGACUGACUACUGCCAUAAUGUCAGGAUGUUAGCAGGCUCUGAAGGCAGAUGGCAGCGGGUGUGUGAAACGGUUUGGCAGUCUGUAUUUUGGCAGAAUACAGACAUAAAGUUGUAUGUAGGCUGUGUUAGGUUGAACCAGCAUAUAAACACUACAGGCAUGUGGAUGUUCAAGUGUAAUCCAAUAAGUCAAAUAGGGCUGCACCUAACGAUUAUUUUCCUAUCUAUUAAUGUAACGAUAAUUUUUUUGAUUAGUUGACUAAUCUAUCAACUAAUUUAUCAAUUAUUCUAAUUAUUAUUUUUUAUUAACUGAUUAUUAUUACAAUGAAUUUAACCAAAAUAGCAAAUAAAACUUGUCCUAUUCCUAUUAGUGUUCAUUUCAGUAAUUUAGUCAAGAAUCUCUUGAAAUCAAACAAAAAAAACAUUUGGGUUAUAAAAUCCGGGAGAUUUCUGCAGUGUGCCGGGUGUUUUGAGGUUACCUUGUAUGGUGGAUAUGAGCGAAUUUUAAAAGUAUUUGUAAUUGCUUUACUCAUUCAAAUAAGUGUAAGUGAAGCUGCACACUUUUUUGUUUUGUUUUAACUAUAACAAUAAUAGCUACGAUAUGCCUUGAACUUAUUUAGUCCACUAAUAUUAGUGUUUUACAUGCUCUCCCGUAUAAGGCUCUCUGAUUAUCUGUGCGUGCAAUGGGUCAUUCCAUGUCAAUUCAACCAAGAAUCUCCACUUACGUCACAGAUUUUGAUGAAAUUUGGUGGAGUGAUUGGCCUUCAGGAGAAACUGUCAGAUCUCAAAUAUUUUUGUUCAUGGCCAUCUAAUUAGUGAGAUAGGGGCUAAUGAAUUUUUGGCUAGUUAGCAUGACAUGCGUUACAAAAGUGUUCAGUAAUCAGUCAAAAUGUACACUCUUGAGUAUGGUAUCAUCCAAUCCUUGUUCGCGGGAAUCCAGAUUUUAUGAUUCACUCUUGGUCAAUUUCCUUGAUACAGUAAUAUGGUAGAUGAAGUGCCAGCUCAUUCUUGUAGCUUUCCCGAUUUGCCUCUGCUCCAAAGUGCAUCAAGAAAUUGAGACUCAGGGCAACAGAGCACCAUUAUUCACUACUCAAGAGAAAUUAUAUUACAGUCCUUACAUGGCAAAAAAAAAAAAGGAGAAAAAUAUUGCACGUCCUGCGAUGUGACUAUCGCGCAUGUGCACAUCGCAAUGGCUUUGUUCAAACGAUAUAUCGUGCAGGCCUACCGUCCAUGCUUUCCACCGUUACCCCGAAGAAGCCUUUGUCUACGUCAUCAUGGGACGCGUCGACGCUUGUUUUUUGCGUCGAUGAAUUUUUGUAGUUGAUUACGUCGAUGAAUCACCCCAGCCCUAAUAUCAAACUAACCAUCUCUGUUUCCUCUCUUUUUUUUCUAUUUCUGCAGUGCCAGAGCAAACCAAGAAGGCAGAGUCCUCAACCUAUACCACAUCCCCCCCUUCCCCUUCCCCACACUCACCUGCGCAUACACACACAAACACACAAACAAACAGUCCUCAGCAAUGCCAAGGAGGCCUGAUCAGCCUGUUGCCCACUUUGACAAGCCCUGCCUCUUCACCUCAGACCCUUGAGGCUGUGCCCUCUGAACUUUGACCUUUGACCUCCCCUCUGUCGACCUGGGAACCAGGGGUCACCUGUCCUCCACUGAUCGCGGGGACGCCCUCCUGCCCAGCCAGGACCUGCAGCCAGGUGCUGCACUUACAGGUAAACACUGGAAAGACUGUAAAAAGAGCUGUUUCUUUCAAUUAUAUUUGAACCGACACACCGACACUGGACCGACACACAUGCCCACACAAGCACACUGUCUACCAGUCAACACACACACACACACACACACACACACACACACACACACACACACUUGGUUUAACAAAAAGAAUUUGACUGUCUCAUUUGAAUGUUAAAAUGUGGGUUUGUUCUUGCUUGUAGGUUCCGAUAAGUAAGUAUAUGUAUCCUCUAUCUUCUUGUGAUAGUUACUUGCUUAAAACUGGAAUAUAUUUAGAGUGUCGGCUGUUCUUUUUAAGAAUGAGUCAUCUGAAAAAUAAAACCUGAUUUUUUGCAUUUUGAAAGACUUACAGUGGAUAUAAAAAGUCUACACACCCUGAUCAAAUGCCAGGUUUUCGUGAUGUAAGAAAAUGACAGCAAGAUAAAUAUCUUAACAACUUUUUCCAUCUUUAAACCUAUAACCUGUACAAUGCAAUUGAAAAACAAAAAAAAAAUAGCAUGGUUGCACAAAUAUGCACACCCUUAAAGUUAUACUUUGUUGCAGCACCUUUGGCUUUUAUUACAGCAUUCAGUCUUUUUGGGUAGGAGUCUGUCAGCGUGGCACAUCUUGAUGUGGCAAUAUUUGCCCACUAUUCUAAGCAAAACCGCUACAAAUCUGGCAGAUUGCGAGGGCAUCUCCUAUGCACAGUCCUCUUCAGAUCACCCCACAAAUGUACGAUGGGAUUCAGGUCUGGGCUCUAGCUGAACCAUUCCAAAGCCUCAAUCUUAUUCCGGUAAAGCCAUUCUUUUGUUGAUUUAGAUGUGUGCUUUGGGUCAUUGUCGUGCUGCAAGAUGAAGUUCCUCUUCAUCUUCAGCUUUCUAGCAGAAGGCCGAAGGUUGUGUGCCAACACUGACUGGUAUUUGAAACUGUUCAUAAUUCCCUCCACCCUGACUAAGGCACCAGUUCCAGCUGAAGAAAAACAGCCCCAAAGCAUAAUGCUGCUGCCACCAUGCAUCACUGUGGGUAUGGUGUUAUUUUGGUUAUGAGCAGUGUUGAUUUUGCGCCAAAUAUACCUUUUGCAAUUAUGUCCAAAAAGUUCAACUUUGGUUUCAUCAGACCACAACACAUUUUCCCACGUGCGUUUGGAAGAUUUCAGAUGUCUUGCAAAAUUAAGCCGGGCUUUGAUGUUUUUCUUUGUAAGAUAAGGCUUCCGUCUUGCCACCCUACCCCAUAGCCCAGACGUAUGAAGACAGUGGGAGAUUGUUGUCUCAUGUACUACACAGCCAGUACUUGCCAGAAAUUCCUGCAGCUCCUUCAGUGUUGCUGUCAGCCUCUUGGUAGCCUCCCUGACCAGUUUUCUUCUUGUCUUAUCAUCAAUUUUAGACGAACGUCCUGUUCUUGGUAAUGUCACUGUUGUGCCAUAUUUUCUCCACUUGAUGAUGACGGUCUUAACAGUGUUCCAUGGGAUAUUUAAUUCCUUGGAAAUUCUUUUGUAGCAUUCAACUGACUGAUAUCUUUGAAUAAUGACAUCCCUCUGAUGCUUUGGAAGCUCUCUGCGGUACAUGGCUUGUGCUGAAAGAUGUGGCUACAAAAAUGUCAGGAAAAGCCUACUAGAACAGCUGAACUUUAUUUGGGGUUGAUCGGAGGCACUUCAAUUGGUGACCGGUGUGUGCUGACUCCAAUUUAACCUGAGUUUGAAUGUUAUUGGUUAAAUCUGAACACAGCCACAUCCCCAGUUAUUAAAGGGUGUGCACACUUAUGCAACCACAUGAUCUCGGUUGUUUAUUUUUACUUCACCUCCCUGAAAGAUUUCUGUUUGUUUUUCAAUUGUGUUGUACAGGUAUAGGUCACAUUAAAGACAGAAAAAGUUGUGAAUAUAUUUAUCUUUAUGUAACCUUUUUACAUGACAAAAACUUGGCAUUUGAACAGGGGUGUGUAGACUUUUUAUAUCCACUGUAUUUAGAGCAGCUUCUACCUUAUAUCAGUUUUGUUAUGUGGGGCAUUUCUUUUCUAUACAAAUCCAUUAUUUUAAUCCAUUAUUAUUAACAGAGUUGCAUCACAAAUGGGAAAUUCAUCAGUAUUUUGAACAUAACAUUAUUGUUAGUUAUGCUUCAUGGGUAAAAAGACACCACAAAUAAAUUUCCGCUUAGACAACUCACUUGUCAGUUCAAAGAUGUGGGGAGAGACAGUGUUUCUCCUGUGCAACUUAAAUCAACAUCACUUUCAUUGUAAAUUUAAAGUUAAGUAGCAGCUAUCUAGGUCCAUUAACCAAUACUUUCCACUUGCAAGGCACCUUUACUUUGAAUUCUUUGAUUUCACCCCUACUCUCUUCUCUGUUUGCUUGAUUAUUGGAUGUUCUUUCAGUGUUGACUAUUUCUAACCCCCCCCCGCCAUGUAUGUUUGCUGGCUCUUUCUCUCUGACUCCCUCCAAGUCUGUUUGACAGUCUGUCCUCUCUCUGUUUCCAGGCAUGGCUCCCAUUCGGGAUUCCGUCAGCCACUCCCCUAAUCAAACAGGUGACUACACAUUUCUUUCUUUCCUUUCCCCUUUUGCUGCAUCUGAUCCUUGAUCCAACACAGAAAAUUGUCUCUCUUCUUUGUGAUUGAAUGACUUGAUAGACCCAGUCUGACCACAGCUUGAUACAUUGUGCCUAUCAAUUGAUGGCUCAUCUAGAGAAAUGUAGAGCUGAGGAAGCGAGAUGGCUGGUAUAAAAGGGUGUGUUAGAGCCUGAUAACAACGAUCUAAAAUGUAAUAAAAAAAAAAGGGAAAUACAAUCCGAAAUGUAAUAACUGACCGAUAAUGAAACUUUUUGCUCAAAAUUUACAACUUCUUACAAUGUGGGUCAAUUUUUACACUUUGGGUUUCAUUGUAGGUUUUUUUUUUAUAUAUUUCAGCCUCAAAACUUUUGUUACAUUAUUGACCAGUUAUUACAAUUUGGCUUUUGUUAACUUUUUUUAUUACAUUUCAGGUCAUUGUAACAUAUUGGGCUUUAACUUGUAGAGAGAGUGGGGGAUGAUAUGCAUUUGAUCAUGUUGGGACCAUAGACUGUAUAUAGAAUGGACACCGUCUGCCUCCUUGCUGGGUGAAGCCACUCCGAGAACAGCACCCUCUGUUGAUGGGCUGCAGUAUAGGUCAUAAAUCCCGCCUCCGCCAGCAAAGCUUAUGGGGCUGUGGACAAACUUUGGAAAUUUAUUACACAGAACAUAAAUGUUUCUCACCCCUGCUUGUGAUGUUGACAUGUAGUUACAAUAAAACUGUUUUGUGCUUAAGUCCUCUUUUUUUUCUGUGAAGCUCCGUUUUUUAAAAGUUAUUAGGGGGUUCAUGUUUUCUAUGAUUGACACUUAAUACAGCCUCUGGGCGUACAAAGAUUGCGUAGCUCACCCAGGGGAUACGCUGUUUGAGCUAAGCGUCAUCACAGCGACUCUUGGCGACUGCGCGCCCGAAUGCGUGCAUCGCUACUGCGCAGCGCUAGGUUUCAGGAAAUGAAGAAAAUCCUGGAAAUACCGAGAGCUUUUUGGCUUUUAAUCCGUACACAGGCGGGAGGCAGAACCAAGUUGUCCAUAGUAUAUACAGUCUAUGGUUGGGACUUGAAACCAGUUCUCCAACCAGUGCAACAAGGGAUAUAGCUUUUGUGCAUGGGGCGCCUGCUCCACCAGCUGAACUUAACUGUCACCCCAAUCAUUUUCUUAAGAACGAAGUUAGCCCCUGCUCCAUCUCAAAUCCCCAACCUCCAAAAAAAUGCCUUCCAUAUUUACUGCUGCCCUGAUUUAAAACCUGCUUUAGGAGUAGGGAUCAGCAGUAUCUAAAUAUUAUCACAGAAAAAACAGUGAUAAAUGAAGGCACAUAGGGUUGGUACUGAAUGGAAACAAGGUACUUGUCAUUGGUGCCAAAUUAGCACAAAACGAGCAAAAAUCAGCAAAACAAGUGCAAAGUGAUCUCUGGCGUCUAUUAAGUAAUGCUGGGACAGCAUGCUGAUUUCUAACAUACUUUUAAUACAUUUGGAAAAAAUCCAAUGCAUGAUGCAGGUCUCUCAUCAUUUGGAUUGCACCGCCUCUUCCCAUUCCCUCUGUCCUCUACUCCACUUUUCACCCUCCAUCGACAUCUGCUCCUAUACUCUCCACCUCUCCUCUCCAGCUGAUUGUUGUCCAGCGCCUUCCUGAAUCCUUGUUUAUAGCUUUGGCAUGAUUUUGGGUCCUGCUGUGGUGACAAAGUGUCUGCAGCUGUGCUCAGGCUAACCUGGCACUGAUCACAUCCAGAACAGUUGGGCAGAUGAAAGUUGGAGAGAAUUUAAAAAAAAAAUCAAAGCUAGUGCAAUUCAGGGAAAUUUAAAAAUGCAUCUGUUGCCACAUUUUAUAUGUCUUUGGGUCGCAUCAUUUAUUAACCAUCAUGACACACUACCUUUGCCCAAUUCUUGAGUCAAACAACAUUUUUCCACAUAGAUUUAAAAACAUCUAAAAGUACCAUCUGCCACAUGCUCCUAUUCUCUCCCCAGGUUUGGAGCGUCCUGGCUUGGACUCGCAGUAUGAGCCCUCCCCUUGGUCCUCUGGCUCUCCCUGCAGCAGUGACAGCAACAGCAACUGGGGCAAAGUCCUAGUGGAUGGAAGCACCGACAAACCCAACAACCUGUCUUCAACGAACUCCUCUGUCUGGCCUCCCUCCUCCUCCUCAUUCUCCUGUUCCUCGUCUUCUUCCUCCUCUGGCUGCGGGUCAGGAUCAGACCCUGAGCUGGCAUCAGAAUGUAUGGACGCAGACUCUAGCUCCUCAAUUGGCUCAGAGAAAAACCUUGCCGCUGUGACGGCAGUGAUGAUGAUGUCAGCAAAUGCCCCUACAGCUGUGUCUUCUGCAGCUUCCUCCCCUUCCUCUUCUUUGGUGACUUCCCCCAUGAUGGCUGGUGUUUCAGUGAAUGGAGACAGCAAUGGAAACAGCCGCCAGAUGAUUGGUGGAGGGAUAGGAACCAUUAGUGGUGCAAAUAAUGGAAAUAAUCAGAUUUCUGGGCCCUCCCACUACUCCAUGGCGGGGUCCAGCAGUAUUGGCAGCAAUAACAUGGGUAUCCAUAACAACAAGCCCGUCAAUAACAGUGGUGUAUGGGGCACCCAGUCAGGCAGCAACAUGAUCCCCACCGGUGGAAACAACCCCUGCAUCAAUGGAGGGUUAAACCCAAACACUUUGAACCCAAAUGCCAACCACGGUGCCUGGCCACAGAAUCCAACCCCAAGCCCAGUGUCCCAGGGCCAACGGUCUCAACAGGCUCAGGGGAUGAGUUCCAAACUGAAUAUGACUACCCCACAGGCCUCCAUGCUGGGCUGGGGUGCCAUGGCAGCUCCAAACAACAGCAGUAUGAUGGAAGACACUGAGGUGAAUAAUGGUACAGCAAGCAGCAAGGUGUUAGGAAGCAGCAGCAGUGGAAAUGGUGGCCUACAGCCUACCAACCUUAACACUGAAUCCAAUGGACCAAAUAACACUAUUAUGAUGAAUACUACUACUACUACUAAUGCCACAAUGACCUCUAGUCCACCAAACUCUACCGCCUCACCCCAGCUCAGCGGGGAUUGUUCCUGGGGCUCUAUUGGAGGAGGAAACGGGGGUAUGCUGGCCAAUGGAAUCCCCUCAUCAGCUCCUCAGACACCCCAAGGGGAGUUGGGAGGAUCUGGGGCCUUCGGUACGCCAUGGGGCGCAACUACCUACCCUGGAGACAAGGGCCACCCAAAUACAGACACUGUGAACCCCCAAAACCCUAUCUUAAUGCAGACAGGGAACCCCCAAAUCUCCUCCACUGCUGCUAACAAGAGUAAUAAUAACCACAAUAACACUGGGGCCCCACGCUGGGACCAGGGGCCUGCCAAUAACCCAAACCAGCCCCAGAAUAACAUGUCCUGGGGAGUGGGCUUAUAUCAAGUGCCCAGCUCUGCAGGCCAAACACCAGGAAUUGGGAAUCAAACCACAAUGGGCCCUCCAGCAGGGAUACCUCGCCCCUGGGGGAGCAGUGCAUCAUCUUCUUCCUCGUCCUCAUCCUCCUCCUCCAAUUCUAACAAUAAGAUGUCGAAUGGAGAGUGGGGAUCAGCAGCUCCUGGUAACAACCAUUCAGAUGCUGGAAGUCAUAAAGGAAGCUCUGCCAACAAUGGCUGGAAGAGCCUGGAGGAUGACGCCAUGGGCAUGGGAGGUGGAGGGGGUGGAGGCCACACCUUGGGAAAUGUCACUGCAGGUUGGGGUCGCUCAGGAGGAAGCGAGGGAAGCGGUGAAAGCUCAGGUGGCCGAUCCAGCUCAGACAGAGACCAGCCUAAAGGGGGAAACCGAAGAAAAGGUAACCACAUUGCACCAGUUGUAUCAGACGUGUCUCGGGUUGAUGUUGACCCAAGGGUUCUGUCCAACACUGGAUGGGGGCAGACACCCAUAAGGCAAAACACUGCCUGGGAUGUCAAUUCUCCAAACAAUCAGCAACAGGCUCCCAGAGGAGAUGAACAAAAGUCAAACAGUGGAGGCUCUGGCUGGGGCACACAAACACCAGUAGGACCUUCCCAGACUUCUGAAGGUAUGGCUGUAAUGUUAUAAGACCUGUGUGUCCAUGCGCACCAGAGAUACGCCCAAAAAAUGUCAAAACUAUGGAGCAAAAUUAAUAUUGCAAAACACAAAAUUUAACAAUUUCCUUUUCUUGUUCUCACAGGUUGGGGUGGGGGGCCAGGCCCAGGUACAGGAGGCUCUGGCUGGGGAGAGCGACCAACCUCUGGAUGGGACAACAAACCCACAGGAGCAGGAGGUACUGGGCAGAGUGGCUGGGACAGUGGACCCAGCUACAAAAGUAACAACAGCAGCAGUAACACCUGGAGCAAUAAUGUCAACAAAGAUGACAGGUAAUUCAUAUUUUAGAAUCUAGCUGUACCAGGUAUAGAUGUGUUAAACUGAUUGUUUUAAGUGAAAUAUAAAUAACAGUGAUACUUGACUGCUUGUGUGUAGGUCCAAUACGUGGACUAAUGCUCCUAAACCACAGCAGGGUUGGGGUUCCAGCAGUGGAACUGGAAGUGAGGGCUGGGGCAGUGGUGGACAAGGAGCAGGCAACCACUGGGGGGAGCCCCAGAAAGGGGCAGGCUCGGUAGGCUGGGACAGUGACAGCGACCGCUCGGGCUCUGGAUGUUGGAGCGAGCCAAGCCGAACCAACACCAGCAGCAGCAACACCUGGGUUGGGAGUGGAGGAUCCAAUACUCCUAACCAAAGCACUCCAAACCCAGGUUCCAACUGGGGCGACCCAAUCCCCAAACCCAAUCUUCAGAGUAACAGCCAAGGCUGGGGUGAGCCAAAUUCCAAGCCCUCCAACGAAUGGGGAAAAGGUUCUGAAUCCAACAUGUCCAGAGGCAAUCAAGGAUCAAACAAGCCCACAGGUAGUUAACAUGAUCAUUCUAAACCAUAAGCACUCAGUUUUUAUGCCAGGGUCCUUUUGGUGUCAGUCUCUGUGGUUCUUACUGUUGUACUCGGAAGACUGUAACAACAAAUGGCAAGAGGUGGGAUUCUUGCUCUUUUCUCAAGAGUUUUCUGGCAAUGUAUUGUAAGACAGACAAGUGGGAGGACAUACAAUUGAUGACUCAGAUCUCAUGUUAUUUUUCUGCCUCAGGCUGGCUGGGAGGCCCCAUGCCUACAGUAGGUCAGAAGGAGGAAGUGUCAUCUGGGUGGGAAGAGCCUUCCCCUGAGUCGAUUCGCCGGAGGAUGGAGAUCGAUGAUGGGACUGCAGCUUGGGGAGACCCUGGUAAACAUGAAUUUUUUCAGAAGUAGUAAGAAUCCUGAACAGAAUACAAAGGAUUCCUUGGCUUCUCACUACUUUGUCAAACUUUCUGUGUAGGUAAGUACAGCAGUGGAUCUGUCAACAUGUGGAACAGGACUGGUAAUUCAGGUCAGGAAGCUAUGGGUCAACCCUCUCAGCACCAGUCCCACCCAGCACACAGCUCCAAGCAUCCCCCUCAGCCCAUGCACCCUGUGGGACAGGACAAAAGCUGCACUUCUGGUCAGUCAUUUGAACUAAAUUUAUUAUCUAGUGUUGUUACUUAUUGAAAAAAUUUUAUUUUGAGAGAAAAAAAAGAUAAAAAUAACCCAAGUGUCGAGAGUCAUACUGACCUUCAAAGUGCCUCUUAUGUGAAAACACAAUUAAACAGAGGAAUAUCAAAUGUACACUCUGUCUCAUAGGCAUGAAGAUUAUUGUCACCAUACACUCUCACUUGUGUCCUUAAGUGUAAACCCAAACAGAGUAAUAGAAAAACGGUUCCUAAAAUUAUCACAAUGCGGGAGUUAAGUUGACAGUGUCUUUUUUCUUCUUUCAUUCAUCAGAUCUCAAAUUGAUGGUUCUGCUGAGGUGAAAUGACUGAAGGUUUCAUUGCUCUGUAGGUUAAUCUGAUGGCAGUUCAGGUUUCAUAAAUGUAAAAGUGCUGGGAUGUGAGCCAGUACUUAAAACAGUACGAGCAGCAUGUCAGUGCAAGCCUCCUGGUAUAGUCUGUAUGCCUUAACCCAUUAAGACCUGAACCCUGUCUGAGACACGCCUCUGAAAUCCUGAGGGCAGUUUUAAGAAGGGCCCCCAGAUCCUGAGGUUUUCUUAAGUGUUGAGGUUUACAAAAAAGCUGAUAUCUCGGCCUCUGUAGCAGAUAGAAACAGAAUUCAAAAAGUAUUUGAGAGCUUAUACAUGUGGCUUUCAAGAUAACUAUCUUUUAUUUUUCCGAACCUUCAUCACAUUUUUGAAAACCUUGAACAAACAAACUCAAAUGAAAUAAAGCAGCUGUAUAAAUAAAAGUAAAGACUCUGCACUGGCGAAUAACGAACUAUUAGCUUUCUGUAAAACAAGUGGCAGUCAUGAUAAAGUGUCCAUUCAAUACAAAUGUAAAAAUAAAAAAGUGUUGAAAGGGUAUGCAGCUGGCCUAGUAUGGUGCCAGUACAAAAGCAGCACUAAAAAAUAAAUAUGUGGCUGACAGUGUGUUCAUGUCUGUGCUCACCCAAAGUCAUGCAACACUCACAGAAAACACAGAUAGUGUGAGCCAAAGCAAUCAGUAUUAAGAGGUUGUUCGCAUUGCUGGAUGCUUCUUCUCCAAAGCUGCUCUCUGCCUCCGUCAUUGUUUACUUUACUCACGAAACACGUAGCAAGGUCUGAGCAUGAAUCUGAUCGCUUUAUUAGCCUAUCAGAGGCAGACAGCUAUGAUGAUUUGAUUUGCCAUGACUCCAGAAAUGACUGAAAAACGACAGAAUGUUACAAGAUGGCGUACCCGCGCCCCGGCUUGAAGAGUAGAAAUGCGCAGUGGCGCCACCAGCUUCGAAGGUUGAAAUGCGUACACGCUUCUCCCGGCUUGAAGGGUUAAAAUACCUACAUGUACCCAGCUUUCUGAGUAGAAAUGCGCAGCCACGCUCCCAGUUUGGAAGGUUGAAAUGCGUAUGUGCUGUCCCAGAUGAAAUGGGUUGAGUAUGGACAAAAGGUGCAAGUCCCACCCGUACUCUAGUUUUGAGAAAACUAAAAUCAGGAUUACAAAGAUUUCAAGCUUAAAACUCAAAUGUAAUCAGCAGCAUACGUGAUUUGCACAGAAGCAUGGAGAAAGAAACAAACAUGUUCAGCCACUCUCUCCCAUCUCCCCGCGGUGCUGUCUAUGUUUAGGGCGUUUUGUAAAGCUGGUUGAGUCAUCCCUUUGGAAUGCUAAGAGCAUCGAUGUCUCUCUUUUUUCGUUCGCUUCUUUUUCCCCUGCUCCUCUUCCCUUCACCCACCAGCUCUGCUUGCUGUAGAAACAAUGGCUUUCGUUGGGUUUAAGGGAAACAGAAAGAGAGGGAGCAUGAGAGGUAGAGGAAGAGUCUGGUGACUUAGCAAUAGGAAUAGUUCCAAUGUAAGAUAGGAGACAUAAAAGAGGAAGGCAGCUUUUCUCUGGAAGUGGGUUCAGAUUGAGCAGAAAGGGAGGGGAAGGGCUAAUACGGUUAUUGAGAGUUGGUGUCUAGUGAGCUAACUGGAGCAGCAAAGUGGAUGGCAAGUUAGGGUGGGGCGAAGCAGCAUGCUGCCGUAAUGAGAGAAAUCAUCAGGUUGUAGAUAAUAAUUCAUUUCAAGAACCAUUAAGUUGGGAACAAAAGAUUAAAACGGAGAGUAAAUCGUUGAAAAAAAAUGUUGGUCAGUACAAAUAUUACACUUCUUAUGACCAUCUUUUAAAAAAACUUUUUUGUCUCCUUAAAUAGAUAAUUAAGUCAAAUCUAUAACUUGCUCUCACACUGCUUCUCAUCCUGGGAUAAGAUCUCCUGUUAUUUUUAUAAAGACAGAACAAGGUCAGGGCUUCAGGUGUGCCAAUGCAUUCAAACUAAAACACCAACAUUUACAUGUAACACACUUGAAUGUACAUCUACCAUCUCGGGUCUGUUUUUUGCAUUUGUUUCUUUGUGUUGUUUUGAACACGGUCACAUGAGGGACACUGGAGCCUCAGGCUCCCCAUGAUCUGUCCUAUUUUUGUAGGGAGGCAUCCCUGGCAUCUCCCCAAGUGCCUCCUGUGGAGGAAAAAAAGUAGCAGGUCUAGGUGGGAGCUGUAACAGGAGCCUUUUGAACCCAUGCUUGCACUGUGUGAACAUAUUCUGACAUUUGAAAGUGCACAGUAGUGCAUGCACACAUCUACACUUCUACAAGAGUAUAAGUAAACAGCACUUACAUAAGCAGGUCAAUAAGGGGUUCCCCAGGGACAUGAGCAGGGUUCUCUCUGCAAGCCUGUUUGUCUGUUUCCAGCAGAGAAGCAUUGAUGUGUAUAUGAAAACAUGUGAGAGGUCCUGAAAAAGACUGUAAACAUUUAAGGUCACCCAGUGCCUAAAACCUUUCAACUCUGAAUGUGUAAACUAGCUUGACAUGCCCCUUUGGACAGAAAGGAGCUGUGGGGAGAGGAAAUGUCACAUUGUUAGACUUUUAGUUUUGUCAGAUUUCUUUCCCUUUGAGAGCAAAAGCAGAUCAAUUGAAAGAUCAUUGUUGUGUGAGAAGGCGAUGCUAAAAGUGUUUGGUCUAAGACAAACCUCAGUGAGUGGAUCUUUAUUUCAAUGCUGCAUCCCCUUUUUUCUCCAGGCUGGGGUGAGCCUUACCCUAAACAGAAGGAGUCCUCCACUUGGGGUGAGCGAACUAACGCUCCACCUGUGACAGUGGACAACGGGACAUCUGCCUGGGGGAAGCCCAUGGACACAAGCUCUACCUGGGAUGAACCCAGUAGGAGUGGCAGAGACUCUGGGUCUGGAUGGGGCGGCCAGCAUAAGCCUAGUAGGUGCACACAUGAACAUGGAAAUAGAGAAGAAAUCUGCGUUAUUUUGAAAACUGUAAAGGGAUGAGCAGUGAUCCAUGCACUGUGGUUUUUAUGGAAAGCAACUGUGAAGAGAGCGGCAAAAAAGUUAAAUAGCUGUAUCAACUCAGCCACUCAUUUGCAGUGUCCUCCCUUGUAUCUUCAGGUCCAAAGCCCAUGGAGACAUGGUGUGGUGAUGAGGUCUCUAUGAGCAAUAGCUGGGACCAGGAAGAGGAGGUGGAGAUUGGCAUGUGGAGUAACAGCCAACAGGACAGCAGGUCUCAUGAUCAAAACACCUGGAACUACAAAAACAGAGGCUCCAACAAAGUAUGUGCACCUCAUCUUUGCACAUAUUAUUCCCAUGAGAAACAGCAACAAUUCCAAACACCUAUCAAAUAAACAUUGUAUAUUUUAUGUGAAUUAGAGAAAAUGAAUCACUCUUGUGACUUAUGUAAGCUUUUCUUCAACAUUUCAGAUGAACAAACCAGUCAACAAACAGGAUGAACCCUGGCUGAAACCUUUCAUCAACCAGUUCAACACCAUGAACUUCUCUGUAAGCAGCCUUUUCUUCUUGUUAGUUUCAGUUACCCGCCUCCAAACUUAUUGAUUAAUUUUGGUAUGAGGCAUGAUAGGUCAAUUGGAAAGAAGUGCAGUAGUAACUAACUGAUAGCUAACUGCAUAUCAACAUCUAUUGUAGUCAAGGUGGACAUACUCUUGUCUUUAUAUUGAUUUUGCCUGGUACUUGCAUACUAGAAUCCUCUGAGGAGCUUCCAGUUUGUGUCACUUUUGGCGCCCCCUGUGGACAAAUCAGUCAUUGCUUGUCUUGUGUUCUACAUGCCUUUAAGUGUCAUCUGAUAAAGAAUCUCAUCCUGAGGACUUUUGACAAUCAAACGUAUCAUCCAUUGCAGAUGUUGAAUGAGUAAAAUGUUAAAAAACAGAGGUGUUUUUUUAGCUGCACCACUGAUGCCUUAAACUGCUUUUACAUAGGUACAGCACAAAAAUCAUUGGUUUUAUCAAUGAUGGUCGUGUUUGUAUGUCUAUAUAAUAAAAAGGCAUCAAAAUGAAUUUGUCUAUUUUUAUAAAUAUCAAAAAACACAGGAGCUUUAAACUUCCUUAUUGAACUUUAACAGUAGCUGGACCUAACAGUGGAUUUAAAUGUACGAACUACAUGAUUAAUGUAAAAAUUAAACUGCCUUUAUUUAAAAUGCACUUUCUUAAAUAGCCAGUGCAUUGUGGCAUACAUGGGUCUUCAUCAGGGUGAUCAGUAAUCUUUCAUUGAUAUUUAUCAUUUUAAUUCAUAUGUUUCCACCGUCUGUUUUCAAUUUUUUUCUUGCAGAGAGACUCUCCUGACGACUCCCUGAAGACAGGAGCAGGGAUGAUGCAGGACAAGCGCAUGGACAUGGGCAGUAUUGGAGACUACAAUGGAAUGAUGGGGAAGAACCCUGGGUCCCGGCACCAGCUCCACAAAGAGUCUGCCAUGGAUCGCAACCCAUACUAUGACAAGGUAUGCAGCAAUACGACAUUUUUGGUUAGAAGUGGGAGAAAAGAUCACAGGCCCAUUUAUGGAGAUUUGACAGUUAACAAAUACGGUGUGUUAUUGUACAAGUUCAGAUAUGUUUGGUCUCUGCCACUGUGGUGAUCAUGAGGUGGGUGAGGAGGGGUUUACGUAAGCAAAUGUCUGGCUGAGCAGUGCACUAUCAACACCGUAGCACCCCCCAGUGGUUGUUCUGACCCACUGCAUUUAAUAUGUAGACCAUUCAAGGGGAUGUUUUGUGAAAUCCCUGCUCUUUGCAUGACCUGUUGGGUGUCAACCAAAGCACACCCACAUGGAGAGUUUCUAGAACAAUUAUCAGCUUUUCAAGAUUUCAUGUCUGGUCACAAUGUUAUGUGUAAAGGGUAGUGCAAAGCUGUGAGUUUGUUUGGCUCUGCUGCUCUUCCUUCUGCUUCUCUCUGUUUUUAUCUUUCAUCUGUUGGUGCCUUCUUCUCUUUAUCCUACCUGUUUCUGUUAGUCAUCCAUCUUUCACUCUUUAUUCUCUCUUACAAUCUCCUACAGCUUAUUUCUUCUGUUUCUUCCCCAUUCUUUCUCUCUACUUCUGCAAAAUUAACUCUUUUCCUUCUCUUCUCUCCUUCCCUCUCUGCACUUCUCUGGCUGCCGAUGGUGCUUCCUGUCCCUCUGUGCUUGCCAUCCAUCUGCUGUGCACCUGGCCUUGCUUCUUCAGCUGUCUGUGUCCCCCUCUGCUUACGAUAGCCAAGCUUCCGAUGAGCUCUCCUCCAGUCAAAGCAUGAGCUUUUCCCCCUCCACUUCUGCUCAGCCUGUCCCCUGUCUUGACUCUGGGCCAUCUCCUUCCCACUCUGGUCCUGGGGGCACUCGGCAGGUGAGGAUGAAGAGGAUGUCAUCUAUAAAUCUUGAGCGUCAGACCAGAAAAGCCUUACCAUGAGAAUCUUACUCUUCUUUCAGAAGUAUAUCCUACAGCUGGGGUGUUAUCUUAGCAGGUUACGGAUGAAAACAGGGUUUGGUGUUGAACUUUAAUGUUUGUUUGCAUUUGCCAAAAUCUAGCAGAGGAUAUGGGAUUUGUUUUGAAAAGUCUCAUCCAUGUGGUUGUGUUUUCAAUGGAAGAAAAUGAUUGCACCAUGUCAGUUCAUUUAUAAGCGUGCAUGUUUGUGUCCCUCCUCCCUAGAAUGUAAACCCUUUGAUGGGUGGCAGUAGCGUAGCACAGGGCCGAGGUGGCCCCCAGUCCCAGGUCCCCCCUCAGCCCAACCUUCGUAAUCAAGUGCCUCCCCCCAUCCUGCCCUCUCAGGUAAAUCUCACACACCGCUGCUCACACAUCGGGGUCGGGGUCGGUAGAUUUGUUUUUUAUUAUUAUCAUGUGAUUGACUUAAUACGUAAACUGAGCACUUCAGAAAUCGGCCCUUUAAAUGACACUUGGACGGUCAGCAAACCCUCCUGGCUCCUUCGCUGACGAGAACCAAUCAUAGGCCAAACUGUGUUCCAUUAUUCCAAUCAUGCGCACAUUCUUCACGUGUACUUGGAGUGGUUGGAGAGCCUGUGGUAGCAUUGCAAAGCUGCGAGAACGAGAAGCAGGACUACGGCACGCCGGUGUUGUGCCGUAGAAUGCACCCCUGACGUAGAAUGCCCCCUGACGGGAGCACGGUUGAAAGUACACAACAAGGCGAAAUAAUCCAAGUUUUCCUUACUGUUGGACGGAUUCAAAAGCGUGUGCCUUUAAUGACUUCAUUCAGGUUCUAGAACUUGUUGUCCUAUGCUUUGGCCCAUGCUUGAAGCCUUUUGUGACAAAAUAAAAACAUAUGAACCCUGGUCUUUUUAACACUCCUUUUCGCCGCUGAUGUUAUUCAUUGAUUCAUUAAAACGUAAUGGGGGAAAUUUUUUUGUCACAGCAGCAUCACAGACAAGACAGAAAGUGCAAAAUCGCGUUUAGUGCUCUGCAGGGCUCUCAGGUCUCACGCAUUCAGCGUGUGACACACGCAUUCCCACCCGUUCAUACGCUCACACGCCACACAUUGUAUUUCUCACGCAUUUAUAUGAACAUGGUGAUGUCCACAAAGUUGCACCUCUGUAACAAUGGAACAGGUAGAAAUCAACCGAGUUCCUCCGAGAGUUCAGAAGCUGCGUGCCACACGCAAGCCAAUCAAAUAAAGUGUAUCUACUGAACAGCCAAUCAAAAAGCAGCAUUGCUGUAUCCGGGUAGAUUUUGAUAUCUUGCGGUUUGACUACAGAGGAAGACAGACACUCGCCGAAAUAGAGCAGGUUUUUAUAAGGACGAGGAAGACCCGAUGAUUACAGUAAGUCAGUAACCUACACAUGCAGAGACCUCAACACCUCAUGGCAGAUAAACUCGUAUGAUAAACUAAAGCCCUAUGCUAUUGCUAUUAACAGCUGUAUUGAUGAAUUUAGCCUCUGUACAGCCAUUUCCAGCCAUUUCCCCUCCACAAAAGCAGCAUUUCUCAUAAAUUCUUUUUAAAGUUCUGACAGUGUAAUAGUAGAGCAGACAAAUGCACAAUAUAGCCCGAAUCGUUCACUUUAUUAUACAAGCAUGAAAUUUGGUACAUAUACUCUUCAAACCCCACUCUUUUCAAAAAUAACGUUAGCCACGCAAAAUUCCAAGAUGGCGGCCUCAAGAUCCAAGAUGUCCGCCCAAAAAUGUGUUUUUUCCUUUAUAACUCAAAAUGCCUUGAUUUUAAGCCCCAUAAAUAUAUUAGAGUUGAAUAUAAAGUUGGGUAUUGCGGACAUUUUGGUACCUAGUACAUCUCUCUAUCUAUUACGGUUCUUGAGAUACAGCAUAUAGAUACUUGUACAAAAUUGGGAGAGUAAGAAAUUUGUAACACCAAUUGUUGUUACAUGCAUAUGGUUAUAUGAAAAUAUCAUUUUCAUUAUCUGUUAUUUUCAUUAGGGAUAUAACAUGAAAUUUUAAAACCAAGAUGGUGUACAAGAUGGCCGCCAUUGCCUUGAAGUAAUCCGAUCUUCGUGACUAUGAAACAAUAACUUUUGGCGUGCACAUAUUUUUUGGUCUAUGCAUCCAUUGCAGUACAGAAUUUAGACGUUUAUACAGUACAAGCUUGCAGAUAUAAUAGAGUGAAUAUCAGCACACAACCAGGGCACACUGGUGAUAUCACUGCUGUGUAACUCAGCAUGGGGUUCAGUGUCAGCUAAUCUACAGUAUAUAUACGAACUGCAGUCACAACUAAUGCUUUAUUAGACUGUAGUAUAGUUGUAGUAUAGUUUAGUUUAGUGUCCGAAAUGCUGUCUAACAGCCCCAUAUCCAUUAGCUAGUAAACCAUGGUCGGUAGUUAGUAGAUAUAGUUAGGUAGCCGCACCUGAAUUGAUAGGGUGUGCCAGCGCGGGAGAGCCGAGCCAAGGGUAACGGGGCUUCAGUUACCCGGAUGGUGCACAGAUCACACGGGACUUAAAUGGCACUGGAUGAAUGAUCGGGCUAGGUGUAGGUUUACCUGAAAAUAAACUGAACCUAGUCGUAUCCCAUACAGGAAUGUGUGUUAUUUGAUUAAUGUGGUAAAAGGAUAACCCCUCGGCCUUAAUCAAAACCCAAAAUGGCAGAUUCCAUGUUUACAAAAAAACAAACUGAUUGGUCUAAAUGCUGUCUUUGUCAAAAAGACAGAACAGACAAAAACCUCAUGGCACCUCCAACUCGUUACACCCUUGAAAAUGAUGGCUAUGCCAUGCUGGCUACAAACAUACCUUUGUUUCAUCAAAUGCAGGAAAUGCCAUUGAUCCUGGAUCCAGUAAGGCUGGAUGAAGGUGGUGGUAUUGAUGCUCAUUAAGACGAAAUCAGGCUAAAUACCACCUCAGCUGUCGGCUGUUGUUUAACAACACCAAAUUGGAUCGGGCAAGGAAACGCAGCUCUGCUGGUUCCAGCAGUGAGCCUGAGGAUGUUAGUACAAAGCAGCGGCGAAAAAGCUGUGAUGUUGAAGCAUUUUCUGUGAGAAAAUAGCACCUGCAUCUGAUCUCAGGCAGGUUAUGACAAUGAAGGUGAACCAAAGGUUGCAUGAAUGUGCACAUACACUUAAUGAUGGUAAGCUUCUUGCUAAAUUGAGUGGUGGAGAUGCCAUUGCCCAGGAGCUCAAGUACCACUCUGCCUCUACAGGGAAAAGUCCCACCUGAGGAAACUUGGGCAAGGUGCAAGUGCUACUAAGCAUGAGCAGGAAAUUUACCCACUAGUUCUCUCAGAACUAGUCACAUACAUUGUUGAACAUAACAUAUAACAUCCCUGUUAUAGAGUAACUAGACAGGCAGUUUCAUGUUAUAUCCCUAAUGAAAAUAACAGAUAAUGAAAAUGAUAUUUUCAUAUAACCAUAUGCAUGUAACAACAAUUGGUGUUACAAAUUUCUUACUCUCCCAAUUUUGUACAAGUAUCUAUAUGAUGUAUCUCAAGAACCGUAAUAGAUAGAGAGAUGUACUAGGUACCAAAAUGUCUGCAAUACCCAACUUUAUAUUCAACUUCAAUAUAUUUAUGGGGCUUAAAAUCAAGGCAUUUUGAGUUAUAAAGGAAAAAACACAUUUUUGGGCGGACAUCUUGGAUCUUGAGGCCGCCAUCUUGGAAUUUUGCGUGGCUAACGUUAUUUUUGAAAAGAGUGGGGUUUGAAGAGUAUAUGUACCAAAUUUCAUGCUUGUAUAACAAAGUGAACGAUUCAGGCUAUAUUGUGCAUUUGUCUGCUCUACUAUUACACUGUCAGAACUUUAAAAAGAAUAUAUGAGAAAUGCUGCUUUUGUGGAGGGGAAAUGGCUGUACAGAGGCUAAAUUCAUCAAUACAGCUGUUAAUAGCAAUAGCAUAGGGCUUUAGUUUAUCAUACGAGUUUAUCUGCCAUGAGGUGUUGAGGUCUCUGCAUGUGUAGGUUACUGACUUACUGUAAUCAUCGGGUCUUCCUCGUCCUUAUAAAAACCUGCUCUAUUUCGGCGAGUGUCUGUCUUCCUCUGUAGUCAAACCGCAAGAUAUCAAAAUCUACCCGGAUACAGCAAUGCUGCUUUUUGAUUGGCUGUUCAGUAGAUAUACUUUAUUUGAUUGGCUUGCGCGUGGCACGCAGCUUCUGAACUCUCGGAGGAACUCAGUUGAUUUCUACCUGUUCCAUUGUUACAGAGGUUACCAAAUUUCAUGCUUGUAUAACAAAGUGAACGAUUAUUUCCUUAUCUGCUCAGCUAUAACGCUCAUGUACCAAAGGAUUAAGUAUCUCCAUGUUUGUGAAACCUAUACUAAAGUACAAUUCAUCUAAAUGCUCCUCAGUGCUGAUUUUAGUAACUCUCCUCCACAACAGGUAACUUUUGGACUUUAUUCUUAUAUAUUAAUGACUUUAUUCUCCUAAAUAAUAACUUUAUUCUCUAAGAUUUAAAAACAUUUUUUUUUCUUAAUGUGGCCCUCAUACUCCGUUGUAUUUAAGAGAUUAUUAUACUAAUAUUUAUGUUUAAUCACUCUUCACCCCCCCCCCCAUCUUUUCAACCCCUGACCCAUUUUCAUGCCUGAUAUAUAAAAGAUACUUUUUUUGCUAACUAAACAUGCCAAAAUCAUGUAAAUAUGUAUAACUUAUUUAUUUAUUUAUUUUAUUUAACUUUUAUUUGACCUGGCUAGUCCCGUUGAGAUCAAAGAUCUCUUUUUCAAGAGGGGCCUGGCCAAGAAUGGCAGCAAAGCAGUUUCAAAACAAAAAAUCAAAACACACUCAGACUCAUACAGCUCAACACCAGCAACAAGUACAGUCAAAAUAAAACCUCAGCUAAAGCAGUGACAUACUGACAGUUUGCUUUCAAGAGUUUUCACCAAAGAUUUAAAAAACACUCAGAGACACUAGGUUCUGUCAUUUAAAUUCAGUCUGCAGGUUAUUCCACGCAGAAAACCUAAAGGCCUUCUUUCCCAGCUGAGUACUUUUGGAACAGAAAACUGCACAAUGUCAAGUAAAAGCAAGUUAUGUAAUCCUUCUUUUAAGACAAGCAAUGAGGAAAGGUAGUCCGGAGCGAUGUCUAGAACGGCUUUGUAGAUAAACACAUACCAGUGUCCGAGGCGACGUGUGCUUAGAGAAGUCCAGCUGACUUUUGAGUCUAAGUCACAGUGGUGAGUAAGAAAUCUACAGUUUCUGAUAAGUCUCAGAGCUCCAUGAUAAACACUGUUCAACAUCUGUGGACUCUGAGCGGAAGCAUCAUAAAUGAAGAUAUCAAAUAAAGUGCAUUCAGUAAGAGAUGCCUCUGAUAAAAUGCUUCUAAUGAUUCUCUUUUGUCGUUUGGACCCUUUAUGCCAGUGUGAACAGGGUUUCUCCCUCAGUGGGGGGCUUUGUUGGGGCAGCCAUGGGGGUGCUUGCACUGGGGCUCGAUGUCUCACACUACAAGACAUCAAACACUGCACAGUCCUUAAGUUGCAUGCAUGCAGUCUUAAAUGUUUUGCGAGGUUGGAAGUGCAACCUGUCUUGCUACUUAUUAACUUCCCACAUGUGUUGCAUUUUCCCUGUUCAUCGCCAUUGCCGCUUGGAAAAUAUAGCCACACUUUUGACUGCUUUCCCCAGUCCAUCUUCCGUUGCUAGUACCUGCGUUUGCUAGCUCCUGCUAGCUUCUCUGUCUGUCUCACACACACACACACACAUACACACACACACACAAUGGGCACGCAACUGACAGGUCCUGGCAGAUAUCUAAAAUCUGUAGGCAGGGGUGUAAAUGAGCGCAUCCAGGAACCGAUGAGCAGAACUGAAAUUAAUACUUUUUUAUGGGUACCCGUACCCACUAACUCUGAUUCAGUUCCUACUUGGGAGUGAAUUUCGGUACCCAACUCAAGGCAUUACACAAUACAACUAAUGUUUUUGUUUUUGAAAUUCAGUUUUCCAAAGUCUAUACUAAGGGUUAACUUAUUAUCAGCCGUGCAGAUUAUGUGGGACAGUAUUCAGCCAUUGUCUGUAUCAAUGUUGUAUUAAACUAAUGACUUUGGUGACUUUCCUCAUUUAUGUGUUUGAGUAGGGGAUGAGAGUUGAAUGGUAUGGAGGUGCACACAGUGAACUGUCGUGUUUUUUUUAUUAUUAUUAUUUUUUUAAGUAAUGAUGCCGGCUCCAGUGCCAAGUGUGGGGAAAAAAACAAGACCUAGAUUUGUGUUUUUUGUUUGAUAAUGUCUCAUCAAGUUAAGUGUUUUAAAUUAUGAUGUAAACUCACGUGGAGUCGUGAUUGUUGCAGGUCCCUCCAUCCCUGUUGAAGUAUCCUGGAGGUAAUGGAGGCCUGAACCCCCUGUUUGGCCCUCAGCAGGUGGCUGUGCUCAACCAACUCUCCCAGCUCAACCAGCUGACACAGCUCAGCCAGAUCAACCAGUUGCAGGUACUGUGAUGGAAAAAUAUGCAUCUGAGUAUACAGGCAGGGAGAAAAGAGCAUUUUAUGUCAGUUAUGUGGUGUGCUAUUAUAAACCAGGCUUCUUAUUUGUACAUUAACAAAAAACAGAAAUUCGCACACGUUGAUACUUUGAGACUCUCUAUAAUGAGUUCUAUUUCAUCCCUUCUGACCACCAGAGACAGUGCUUUAAGCACUGAAUGAUUCCCUUGCGCAUGCGCAGUUCGAGCAUUUGUACAAAAAUAGUCAUGCGUGACCCCGGGAUGAACCGGAGGAGGUUAUUUCUUCCACCGGUCACUGAGGAUUCAGUCCCUUUUUCUUUCUCGCGCGCAGGUCGCAAACUUGCGGGGAGCGGCAUUUUUCUAACAAACCUACCUUAAUUUGUGUGUGAAGUCGCUGGUAGUCCCGUGGCCAUAGGUCAGGGUAGCGAAAAUCGCCCUCCAGGGACUGUGACUUCCUUUGAGUUGUUUCUUUAUCUCUACUGUUUAUCUCCGACUGAGCGGAGCUUCACCAACUUCGUUGGAUGUUGUGGCGUUCGCCCGGUAAGGAAGGGUCGUCGUCCCCCUCUCCUCUGGACAAGGUAGGUUGCUGUUGCAUUAAGCUUGUUGAGCAAACUUGCAUUGUUUUACAAGUCACAACCUAUGCUGGUAGAGGCCGUGUGCGCACCGCCUCCCCCCUGCAUAUGGCUGCAUACCGUGAGCGUUAGCGUAACGCUUCGGUUACUUGCUGUAGCUAAAGGUCUGCUUGUUUCGUUCUUUUUGUUGUCAAAAGAAAAAACAAAGGCCAAAGCUAGUUCUCCUCCUGCCGGUACGGGUUGUCACCAUCCGGCGUCAGCCAAUGCUAUCGUUUGUUGUUGUCAGCCUCAGUAGCCGUUGCGUUGUAUAGCUGUCUUUUGUUUGUUCAGUGGCUAUCGGUUCCAGUUGCGUUAGCGCUCUGGUUACCAGAAGUGUCCUUUUGAAUAGCUUUGUAUUUGUUUGGUGUCGGCCAUUAUUAUAACCAGUUGCUUUAGCGCCCUGGUCACUUUGAGUGCUCUUGUGCUGGAUAGCGCCCUGGUCACUUUGAGUGCUCUUUUGCUGAAUAGCAUUAUUUUGUUGGCAUUGACCAUUAUAGCCAAUAGCGUUAGCGCCUUGGUCACUUAGUGCUCUUUUGUUGGCUGAAUAGCCUUAUUUAUUUACUUAUUUAUUUAUUUUUAUUUGGCUAAUUUUGUUGGCCAUGGGCCAUUACUGUCGGCUGAAUUGCAACUCCCUGCUGGUAUAGGCAGCGUGAGCACUCCCUCCCCCCAGCUCACAGCGUCUAUUGCUUGGCAACCAGUAGUGUCAGCGCCCUGGUCUAGUUGGGACUGCUCAGUGUGAUGGAUAGCGCCCACCACUGUUCUUCAUGUCAGGUUGGCCUCCAGCCAGAUGACAGACAUGACCUCUGCCCAGCUUGCCUUGGACCCGAACAUCUCAGGGAGACACUUAAGGGGGACCCCUGCAUGACCUGCAGCUACAUGCCUCGGGCGGCAAGGCUGGCCAGGCUGGCGGAGGUAGAGCCGCCACAGGGUGGAGACGGCCUCCCCCCAUCGGGCCAAGCAUCCACGCCCAGGACCAGGCGCUCAAAACGCCGGGCCGACGCAGCCACUUCUGCCCCCGCUUCCAAAAGGAUGUCAAGGUCUGGCCGCUCCCGCCUGUCAUCGAAGGUGGAGCAGCUCUCUGCCGAGCUGGACCGCAUGAGGUCCAUGCUUCGGGCCCACCAGCCUGGGUCCCCUUCGGAGGGGGCUCGGGGGCCCACUCAGCCCAUGCUGAGUGGGCCCCCGAGGGCUAGUCCCGCGGCAUCGGCUACUCACUUCCGCGAGUAUGAUGACCGUGAUGGCGGCGAGGGAGACAGGGUCUCCCAGGUGUACGAUCAGGGUUCUCACUCCUCAGCUCAGACUUUGUUGCCAGAGGAGGACGACUCCAUGCGCACCAUCCUGCGGAUGGCCUUGGAGUGAUUAGGUCUGCUUAUACCGCAGCAGGUGGAGCCAGCCCCUGCAAGCGCCUUCUUCAGGCGCAGGCCAACCUCCACUGCAUUUGCCGUCCCACAUGCAGAGGACUAUAUAAAGGAGCUGCACGCCUGCUGGAGAGACUCCAAGGCUUGCUCCCGCCUCUCGGCAGAUGGUUGUACCCUGGCGGCAAUGCACGACACUGCAGGGGUCGACCUGGAUCACAUGCCGGCCAUCGAGCCCAGCAUUGCGUCCCUUAUUGCACCUCUGGAGUCCGGCUGCCACUAGCUCCGUGUAGGGAUCAGCAUCCUCAGCGGCCUAUGCAGAGGCAGACCCGGGACUCUCGGGACUCCGGCCGCCUGCCUUCUAGGCAGUUUCGAGCCCCGGACCCUGGUGGACCCCCCACCCUGGGAGCGCAGACGCUGAGCCCGGGGGGGUGGCCGUCGGAUACUUUACACAGCAGCAGCUCAGACUCUGGGCUGCUCAAGCUUCAGACCCGUGGGUUGUUACCACCUUAAGCCACGGGUAUGGGCUGCAGUUCCGACGCCGGCCCCCCACAGCCAGCCGGGUCAAGAUUACCAUCAUUGCCAACCCAGCAAAAGCCCUCGCUCUCAACCAGGAGCUAUCCGCCCUCCUGGCCAAGGGUGCCAUCGAGGCAGUGGACCCCUCUUCCUCGUCAUGAAGAAGACCGGUGGAUUCCGGCCCAUCCUGGACUUGAGGGGACUGAACAGGUACUUAAAGACCUUGCCUUUCCAUAUGUUGACUACAGCGGAUGUGCCACAGUCCAUUGUCCACAACGAAUGGUUCACAUCUGUCGACCUGAAAAACGCUUACUUUCAUGUCCCCAUUGUGAGGCAACACGGCCAGUUCAUGUGAUUUGCCUACAGAGGCCGCCACUGGCAAUUCCGUAUGCUCCCAUUUGGGCUCUCCCUCUCCUCGAGAGUGUUCAGCAGGGUAGUGGCAGCUGCACUCCAACCUCUAUAGUCCCAGGGCACCAAGAUACUGCCAUAUCUAGACGAUUGGCUGAUCUGCGCUCCAUCCCAGGUGCAGGUAGCCGAGGAGACAUCACACCUCCUGUCCCAUGUGGCGAGCCUCGGACUCAAGGUAAAUGCAGAGAAAAGCUGCCUGGUACCGUCCCAGAGAAUAACCUUUAUCGAUCUGGCCCUAGACACCAGAACAAUGGUGGCACGUCUGUCCCCCAGCCGGGUGGACAGCAUCUUAAGGCUUUUGCCAGCCUUCAAGAGAGGCAGGCGACUGCCGCUCCUCACCUUCCUCCACCUCUUGGGCACGCUGAUGUCUGUUGCGGCCAUCGUGCCGCUGGGCCUGCUGAACAGGUGGCAGGUGGCUGAACAGUUUCCGCCUAGACCCAGAGGGACACAGGCACCGGAAGAUUCUCGUGUCAUGGCAGUGCCUCCUUGCUCUAGCCCCAUGGAGAGACAGGGCCUACAUUGUAAGGGGUGUCCCUAUGGGGGCCGUCCCAUCCCGCAGGGAGACCCUUGCCACGGGCGCCUGCCCCUUGGGCUGGGGCGCAGUGUGGCAGGGCAGGACAGUUCAGGGACAGUGGUUUGUGGCAGAUCACAGCAACCACAUCAAUGUGCUGGAGCUAAAUGCGGUGCACUUGGCCCUAAGACACUUUCUGCCUUAUUUGGCAGGCAGACAUGUUCUUGUUCGGUCGGAAAAUACUUCGACCGUAUACCACAUAAACCAUCAGGGCGGUACAAAAUCUGUGCAGCUGCUACUCGUGUCAAGGGACCUCCUGACAUGGGAAGCCCCUUGCCUGAUGAGCCUGCAGGCCAUGCAUAUACUGGGAGAGCAGAACCAGGUGGCAGACCUUCUCUCCCGCCAGAAGCCUCCAUCAGGAGAAUGGCGCCUUCACCCAGACGUGGUGCAUACCACAUGGAGCCGCUUCGGCAGGGCAGGGGUCGAUCUUUUCGCCUCAGAGGCGUCGACCCACUGCCCGCUCUGGUUCUCCCUAGCGGAGACAACCAGCCCUCUGGGCCAAGACGCGUGUUCCCACCCCUGGCCGAGAGCACUUCUCUAUGCUUUCCCACCUCUCCAUCUAAUUCACCAGGUCCUUCGGAGAGUAGCUCAAGAGGGCCACACCGUUCUCCUGGUGGCCCCUUUCUGGCCAGGGCGAAUAUGGUUCCCCCUCCUCCACCAACUCUGUCAUGGGAUGCCAUGGCGCCUCCCUGCCAGGACGGACCUGCUCUCGCAGCUAGGGGGGCGGUUAUGGCAUCCAGACCCACAACGCCUCCAGCUGUGCGUUUGGCCGUUGGGGGGCCCGAGUCGCUGCUGAGCUUUUGUGUAGAGACAGUUCAACAUACCAUCUUGAAUGCGAGGGCACCAUCCACCAGGAUGUAGUACAAGAACAGGUGGAAGCUGUUCUCUAACUGGUGUAGGGACCGGGGCAAGGACCCAGCUCACUGCCCGGUGCCCACAAUCCUGGAGUUCCUGCAAGGUCUCCUCGAUAAGGGCCAGACCCCUUCUACGUUAAGAGUGUACAUGGCAGCAAUGUCCUCCCAGCACACUGGGGUCAACAACUGCACAGUGGGAAGCUACCGUCUGGUGUCGCUCUUUCUCAGGGGGGCUCAGAGAUUAAAUCCUCAGAGAGCCCCAAGAGCACCAGCAUGGGACCUCAAUCUUGUACUGGACUCCCUAUGCAAGGCUCCUUUUGAGCCCCUUGUCAUGCACGAAAUUGAAGUGGUUGUCCUGCAAGACAGCCGUUCUCAUAGCCAUCACCUCGGCAAAGCGCGUUGGUGAGUUGCAUGCCCUGUCAAUGAGCGAUUCGUGUCUGAGGUGGAACCCAGACAGAUCAGGUGUCACUCUGUGGCCCAACAUGGCCUUCCUACCAAAGGUACUGUCGACAGCACACCUGAACCAGCCUAUUAGGCGGGCCCAGUUUAGCCCUCCUACGGGAGAGAGGACAGACAAGCUGGAGCUGUUGUGCCCGGUGCGGGCCCCCUCAGGGCCUAUAUCGGAGACACUGCAUGAAUUCGCCGGUCAGAUCAGCAAUUCGUAUGUUAUGGUGGCCCAAAUAAAGGCAGCUCUCUUUCAAAGCAGCGCCUGUCCCACUGGGUCGUAGACACGAUCAGCCACGCCUAUCAGGCUAGUAACCAUCCCACGCCAUCCAGGAUACAGUGCCACUCAACGAGGAGUGUCUCCACUUCAUGGGCUGCCCUUAGAGGAGUUCCCCUCGAGGAGAUCUGCUCUGCUGCCUUGUAGGCGUCAUCAGGCACGUUCUCAAGAUUCUAUAGGGUGAACGUGGCCACUCCCCACCCAUUGGGUGUGGUUCUCCUUCCAGAGUCCUCCGAUUCAGCCCUUUGAGGUUUGUAAUUGGGGUUCCUUGUGACUUUGCUGGUAAUUCAGUGCUUAAAGCAUCGCCUCUGGCGGUCAGAAGGGAUGAAAUAGAACGAAAGUUACGUAUGUAACUAAGGUUCUAUGAAUCCCGAAUGACCACCAGAGCACUCCGUCACUCAGAACCCUCGUGUUCUCGCGAGAAAGUUCUGUAGGGACUGAACCCUCGGUGACCGGUGAAAGAAAUAACCUCCUCCUGUUCAUCCUGGGGUCACGCGUGACUAUUUUGGUACAAAUGCUCGAACUGCGCAUGUGCGAAGGGAAUCAUUCAGUGCUUAAAGCACUGCCUCUGGCGGUCAUUCGGGAUUCAUAGAACCUUAGUUACAUACGUAACUUUCAUUUUACGGUGUAACUGUUGGUGGGUCUAUUUGGGGUUUCUUAUAAAUAACAAAAUAUACUGGAAGAGUCCACCUUGGUGUUGACUCCUAAAUAUGAUGACUGGUUAGAAUCAUCCUUUUGCACCCAAUUGUGAUAUAUUUAACCAUGUUUCAAACAAGUGAACAAUACAUUUUUGCAAAAUCGAUAAAAACUUUGAGUGACUUCUUUUACAAAUUUGUUUUUUCCUUGUUUUUCUGCAGCGUCUUCUCCUGCAGCAGCAGCAGCAGCAUCAGAAAGCUCAGAACCAGAGAGCCAUGCCUGUAGGACGGCAGACUGAACAGGUGUGUGUUUUUGUGUUGAUGUGUUACUGCAUACUGCUCUGUUACAGCCAGUUAUCGUCUCAUGAAGCAGAUGUUUAUAUGUGGCAUAGCCUCCUUGGUGUAUCUGCUCUAAUCUCUACAUCCUGCCUGUAGACACGUCCUAUUGGUUCAUCUCCAUCAAUGAUGCAGCCGCCACGUCACCUGGACCCCUCUCUGCUGAAACAGGCCCCUCCCCUUAAACCAUACCUGGAUAACUACUUGUCCCACAAUGCCCCUGAGAUGCAGAAGGAUGCUGCUGCACUCGGAUCCUUCAGUAACUUCCCUUUAAGUAUGUUAACUGCACUCGUGAUUAAAUUCUUAUUGUUGGAUUAGUAUUUUUUCAGUAGUUUAAUCUUAUCGUUCAUGAUACAUUUUGAGGGACAUGUAUAUUUAUCUUAAUGAGCUCUUGUUUGACCAUAGUUGAGAAUAACCAAACUCCUUCUAUCCUCUCUUCAGGCUUGAACUCUAACCUGAAUGUAUCCCUGGACAUGGGCGUUGGCGGUGGCGGUAGUAGUGGUGGUGGAGCUGUGAGCUUCAAAGAGCCACCCCAGUCCAAACUGAAGAAACUUUGGGCUACUGACCCUCUGGAGCAGAACAGCAAACCUGGUAAAGACACAAACUGCACACCAUGACUGCCCUCCUGACUGUCUGUGCCCACUGGAGAUACUCUUAAAGUGAAUUCAGAACUGUUCAAUUCAGUGUUUUUACUGGUUGAUUCUACCCGGCCGGUUUUUCUAAGUAAAGCAGAUGGAAACCUUGAGAAUAAUACACACUACAAGGUUCCUAACUCAGAACCAAGCAUAUCAACUCGAAACAAACUUAUAAAAGCAGGUUAGCCUGCUGCUUCUGUUAAAGCCCUGUGACUGCUGUCAGGUUUUAGACCGUCAACCCUGACUUCUUGUGGUUGUUUAAAAGGGAGACUGGCAGGAAAAUUUCCCGAUGAAGUCCAAACUUAGCCCUAAGGUCAAGAUUUAACCCUAAUUAAGGAUUAAAGUUUGACCUAGUAUAAAGAUUGCAAUUACAUAUGCAGAUCUCUGAGAUAAAAUCAGGAAAAUUUCAGGAGUGUAGUGCUUGUGUGAAAGGGGCUCAACUGUGAACAGCUCUAAUAACAUCUUUGUUGAAGCAUAAUCGUAUCUGUUUGCUCCACAGGUGCUAUGUCGUCUGGGCUGCGUCUGGAGGACUCUCCCUUCUAUGACUACCUGUCUCCUGGCCCCUCCCCACUGAGUCCUCCCGGCCAAUCAAUGGGCUCGGUGGGCGAUGGCUGGCCACCCCGUGCCAACUCCCCCCCACCCCAUGGAAACACUGUCACCUGGCCCCCAGGUACACCUACUGCUUUCAAAUGCAUGGACUUGCACUAAAGGAUGUGUUGAAAGAAAACCACUCAUCUUGUUUGUGUCUGUGUGUUUUUGUGUGUGCAGAGUUCCGACCUGGGGAGCCUUGGAAAGGUUACCCCAAUAUUGACCCUGAGACUGACCCUUAUGUGACCCCCGGCAGUGUCAUCAACAACCUCUCCAUCAACACCGUCCGCGACACAGAUCACCUCAGGGACAGGAACAACGGUAAGUCAUACUGCAAAGCAGUGCGAACUCCAGAUAGUGAAAACAAACAGAACAAAAAGAGUGACACAGCUGCACAGAAACUGCACGUUGUCGAUAUCUCUGAUCACACUAGACACUGCUAUGCAAGAAGAUAGUUUAAAGUUUUUUAAACCUCAGAGACCUUCCAAUUUAGAGUGUGAAUUGUGUACUGGUGCAAUUUUUCCAGAGUUAACGGUAAUGUUGUUGAUGACAUUUUAGCUUGCACUUAUCACUCUUGUCUGUCUUUCUUGCUAACUGAGCAAUUCCAAGUCUGUGUUCUGCUAUGAGCCCAGCAAAAGUGAGAGUGAAAUACAACUGUUUCAUAACUUAAAUAAAUGCCAAUUGACAACAGUGUUUAUAAACUCAUAAAAGAUAAAGCAUGAAAGCUGUGUACAGCAGAAUAAUAGACCACUUUGCUGGGUGAAUAUCCCUGAUAAAUACAUUAUAUUUUGAGUUGAGUUGAGAAAAAUGUGUGGCCAUUUUUGUCAUUUUGUCAAUUUAUGCACUUUAAUUCAAUUUAUCCUCUGAUUGUUAUUAUUUAUUUAUUUUAGUAAUACAGCUUCCAGAUUCCUUUGCUGACUCUUUUGCUUUUUACUUAGUAAAUUUUAUAUUUUUUGAGAGAAGAGAAAGCUGAGAUAAGUUCGUUAAGUGAGGUGCUGCACAUUUGAGGAUGCAUUAUUCUAUAAUCUAUUAAGAGUAAGAGACGAUUUCCUAGAAAGCAAUAGACUGCAUGUCUUUUAAAUGUAGACUACUACUGAGAGGGACAUAUUAGACUAUUAAGGAACUAAAUCUAGACUGUCCUACCAACUUGAACAUCAUUGUCCUGGAAAAUGAUCUCUGGAAAAGAGUGGGAACCCUGCAUACAGCAUGUUGUAGCUCAGAACAUCAAAAACAUUCAAACUCAACCUGAACAGGUUUCAUUCUUUAUUUCAACAGAUUUUAAAGUAAGAAACAGUUCUUUGUUCUGAGACACCCUCUCACAUGCUCUCCUUUUUCUGCUGUCAGGGCCAUCCUCAUCACUGAACACCACGAUGCCUUCUAACAGUGCCUGGUCAUCCAUUCGUGCCUCCAGCCACAGCGGUUCCCUCACCAGUACAGCACAAAGCACUUCAGGUAAUUCGUUUUUGUGAUCUUUUCACCAUGUUCCUUCCUUGGAUUGGACAUAUAUGUGACUUUAAAGACUUUGCUCUGUUUUUCUCCCUGCAGCCCGACCCAAUGAGUCAAAAUGGUCUCCCAGCGGUGGUUCUGUGUCCAACUCCUCCCUGGCCCAUGAGCUAUGGAAGGUCCCCCUGCCUCCUAAGGCUCUGUCUGUGGCAGCCCCUUCCAGACCCCCACCUGGCCUCACCAGCCAGAAGCCAAGCUCUGCUUCCUCCGGCUGGGAUGGCACUGCCCUGAGGCUGGGGGGUUGGGGCUCCUCUGAGUCCAGAUACACACCUGGUGAGUGCACCAGGGUUUAUCUUCCCCAUGUUUGAAUAAUUUGGCUUGAUGGAGUGGUCAGAAUGUUUCUUUUUUCCUGUUUGUGGAAACAGGAAGGAAAAUGUCAACCUAAAGGAUAGUUGGUUCAGUCUGGUCAGAGGGUACAGUUAACCUGUGCUCUAAGAUCACUAGGGUUGGGUAUCGUUUGAUUUUGAACGAUUUCGAUUUCGAUUCCGAUUUCGAUUCCAAUUCCUAUCAAUUCUCUAUUUCGAUUCUUUUAAAAGGCAGGAUGUCAAAAACAACAAAAAAGCAUGGUUUGAAUGAGGGAGCUAACCGGAGCUCUUCUUUUUAGAUGAAAUUUCGUAAUUUCUCACAGGACUAUUUUCAACCAGUAUAUAAAUAUCAAUUUUUGUUCUCAGGUUGUUUGUCUAUGAAAAAGUACAAGGGCUAACGUUAGUUGGAUAUUUAAGUUUACUCACCGUACACAGUGCAAUUUGUUUACCGCUUCAAAGUUUGCAGAGGACAGAAGUAAUUCAUUGUUUCACUUAUCUGAUCCUGACUGGUUAGCGGAAGACAGGUGUUGUGCUGUAGAAUGCACCCCUGCUGUAGAAUGCCUCCCCUCCACUCAUUAGCUUCUUAAAGUGGAAGAAAUAUGAUCUCAUAUUUAAAAAAAACACGAGUAUUGGAUCAUGAAAACAUGUCAAAUGGAGCAGUAAACUUUCGUUUUGUUUUUAUGUGUCUCAAAAAUGCACACAUAGAGGUGUACUUGGGUAUAUAAACUGUACAGUAAGCUGUAGAGUAGAGAACAUUAUAUUUUCGGGACAGUAAAUAUUCCGAAUCAGAGGACUAUUGUUUUCGGCUUAUCUGAAUAGCCUGAAUGAAACCAUUAAAGCCACAGGCUUUAGAUUCCGUUCAACAGUAAGGAAAACUUGGAUUGUUUCGCCUUGUUGUGUACUUUCAACCGCGCUCCUGUCAGGGGGGCAUUCUACGGCAGGGGUGCAUUCUAUGGCACAACACCGGCGAAGCGCGUCAAAGACAGGCACUCGGGUAUUUCUCCUCCAUGAAUCCUGAGGUGUUUAAUCAUGUUGGUUGUUUACCCUCCUUUGCAUGAUAUAACUGUAUUGCUAAUGUUGCAUUGAGAUAACAGUUAAUUCUUCCUGCUAAAGUUAGCCAAACUUUUGACCAACGAAGAAGAAGCUGUCGAACACCAACGAGGACGGAGCGUAUGAGACGAAGCCACACAGAGAGAGAGAGAGGGGAGAGACAGAGAGAGAGAGUGCAUUGUAACCCACAGCGACUGCAUUGCUGUGGGUUGCAAUGUACUUUCUCUCUCUGUCUCUCUUCACUUUCUGUGUGGCUUCGUCUCAUACGCUCCGUCCUCGUCGGUGUUCGGCAGCUUCUUCGUUGAUUUUCGGCGGCUAUUUCUUCCGGUCAGCGGACUCCGGCAUCGAAACUUGGAAUCGAAAAUUUAAUAUUUGAACGAUACCGGAAGAAUCGAAAUGUUAGUCCCGGUCCCCAUCGAUACUCAAUUCUCGAUACCCAACCCUAAAGAUCACCUCACUUAAUAAGCCUCUGCUAUUUCGCUGUUUCCCUAUUUCUUGUGUCCAUUGCUGAUGUGGUUGUACAUUGUGUUUAUUUACAGGUUCCAGUUGGGGUGACAGCAGUAGCUCAGGGAGAACCCAAUGGCUUGUUCUUAAAAAUCUCACACCACAGGUACCCACACAGAUAGAACUUUUGCAUUUUGUCUGUUCUGCUGUGGCUUUCUUCUGCAUUAAGACUUGUACAGUGUCUCCAACAACAUUCUCGGGUAGGACUGGGCGAUUAUAUGAUCGUGUUUAAUGAUGGUGAUAAAUUUCAGCUUAAUCAUGGUGAUCAGCUGUGAGCAUAUUCACUCGAUUAAACAUGGCAGAAAUGUGCAUGACAACAGCCAAUCAGAGUGGGGCUUUUCCUGCACACUUCUGUAAGUUUCAGGAGAAGUAAACAGGAAGUAAACAGAAUGACUAAACGUGGAGCUAAACGCAGAGCUGAGGGCAGCAAAAUAGAUGUCAUCCAUGACGUUGAGUCAUCCUCUGAAGAUGCUAUUGUAUAGAAGAAAAGUUAUUCAACGCUGGUUGUGUGGCGGUGGUUCAGCAAACUCCAAAUUGACGUUGAACAAUUAGGCAGAUGUGCAAGGUAUGUCGGUGGUCAGUGCCCCCAAAACUGAACCAUUUGAAGAAGAACUUCCCGAAUGAUUAUGCGGAAAGCAUGAAAAUGCGAGCGGAGUCUGCACAGCCUGCCACUGCCUAAGGCACAAGUAGCAUUAGCAGUUUAGCCACAACUAGCAGUGCAGCCACCAGACCAAAGCAGCAAUCAUCUACUUUAAAGGGGACAUGCCAUCAAAAUUUCAUACCCAUUUUUAUCAUUUUUUCAUAAUCCUUAAUGUCCUCUGAUCAUGUUUGCAACAUAAUUUUAGCUGAAAAGUUAUUUGAUGGUUUGUUUUAGUAUGCCUAAAAAACCUUACAGGAAAACCAACUGAUUUUGGCUCAUUAACAUUUAUGGUAAUGAGCUUUGCUCUGAUUGGAUCGCUGCUGUGAAGCCUGCUGUGCUCUGAUUGGCUCAGCAGUGAAGGUUCGGAUUUCGGUUUAUCCAUUUUGCUAAUGUUUGCUAAAGUAAGGUGUCCAGAUGUCUGUAAUGAUAUCCGGGGAUAUUCGGUGCGGCGGCGGCAGGGAGGGUGCAGGGGCUGUGUGAUCACAGACAAAAUCUCAGUACUAUUUAGUAGCAGCGCAUGCUCCUUGUAAUAACCCCCGUAAGAACUGUUGUUCAGGACUGCUUACUUGUGCUUUCUUCCUAUUCGGCUACUGUAAUAACCGUUGUUCGAGUCCACACGCAACAUUUUUGCUCUCAUUCAUGAAACGCUUAAAUCCGGGACAGCUUUUGCCGGGGACAGGUCAUCCAAUACGGGGACUGUCCCCGGAAAUCAGGGACGUCUGGUCACCUUAUGCUAAAGGCUAAAAAUGGCAGGUAUUAAACCAUAUAUUUUAGCCCCCGAGUCCGAAGAGGAGGUGGAAGUUGAAGAAGAAGCCGGAGAUCUCCAGUGGUGUUUUCUCAUUCAUUCUGCCCGGCUUUAAGUUCAUUUUCCCGGCAGUGAACCCAAGGAAACACCGGUCGUUUGGAAGAGACCCAUAGCGGAUACAGUGGUAGCUGGGUCUCGCUCUGGAGAGUGAUGUUGACUGUGAAUGAGUACGAGAACGAGAGAGUGGGCGUGGCUCACCAAGGACGCGCUCGUGAAUAAUAAUGAGCAAGGUCAGCGCGACGUCAGAGGGACCUGCUUUUUCAAUUGGCCUGGUUUACCCGUUUCUUUAUUUUAAACCUUUACAGAAUGCAAACGACGUAACGGUUUGUUUUCACAUUUACAACAUAAGACGAACAUAAUAUGGACCUUAUCUGACACUAAAACACACAAAAUUACAUUUUGAUGGCAGGUCCCCUUUAACAUCAUCUAAUGUUUACAUUUUAAGGCUUUUUCAUUAUUCCUGAGGGGGGGGCAUUUGUUUAUUUUGGGUCUUGCAUACCUGCAAAAACACUCAAGACUGUAAAGUAGUUCACUGUAUUAUUUAGUAUUAAUCUAUAUUUCUUGUACUGUUGAGCUAAAAUGUUUUUUAUAGUUUUCUGUUUACUUAUUCAAUUUACUCAGUUAUUCACUUUGUAUGCUAAUAAAAUGUUGAACAAAUCUCUAGGUUCUUUAGUCUAGAUGACAAUAAUUGAGAUGAAACGAUAUGACAAAAUAUAUUGUGAUCAUUUUUUUUUGCCAAAUUGCCCAGUCCUAGUCUCAGUUUUAAAGAUUUCCAGAUACAUUAAACCUUCAUUUUUUUUUAUCUUAACAUCAGGCUAUUUUUAGCAUUGUCCCCAAGCAACUGAGUGGAUGGUCAUAUUGAAUCUGGUACUAAUCCAAAAGAUACCAAGUCAAAGUCAGGGCCAGAAUUGCGAUUUAAAAUGACUCCAGAUAUUCAUAACAAUUUUAUGUACUUUCGUGUAGGUAAGAGCAGUGUUUAUCAUCAAGUUGAACUAAAAAGCACAUGCAGAUCCAGGACAUGACAACAGCAUGACCACAGAAAGACAAUCCUCAGUAAAAUACAGAUGCAGAACAGAGACACCACUUUGUUAUGUACUUUGUUAGUGCUAGGAUCCAUCUCUAAGAAUGUGUGCUGACAGUUAGUCAUUGGUCUUCUUACCCUCGAUAGCACAGGGUAAAGAAUAUCACAAUACCUGUAAGAUUUGCUGCUUAGCAGUGUAGGUUUUUAACAAAGCUGCACAAACUCAUGUGUUAACGGUGCACUUGGCAGAACUUUAAGGUUUUUGUUUUUGAAGACAUUUUGGGAAUGUAGCUAUUUUUCAUGUGCUAACCUUGAUUAAGCUGUACUUAAAUGUAGUGCUAAUGUUUCUGUUGAAUAGUAGCAAACUGAGGCCUUUGAGGAAAUGUAGGAACUCAAUAUUGAUGGCAAAUGUCUGUUCCUGUGUGUCUGCUGUUCUCAUUGACUCGUAGAUUGAUGGCUCUACCCUGAGGACUCUGUGUAUGCAGCAUGGCCCUCUGAUCACAUUCCACCUCAACCUGCCACAUGGCAAUGCUGUGGUCUGCUACAGCUCCAAGGAUGAGGCCGCCAAGGCCCAGAAAAGCCUGCACAUGUAAGGACUCCAAACAAACACAUUCAAACAUGCAAGUGCACGAAGUGGAUUUGAAGAAGCCGCACACACACACACACACACACACACACACACACACACACACACACACACACACACACACACACACACUCACUCACUCACACCUUUACCUGUCUUCUCCCUGCAGGUGUGUCUUGGGGAACACUACUAUUCUGGCCGAGUUUGCCAGCGAGGAGGAAAUCAACCGUUUCUUUGCACAAGGGCAGUCAUUGGCCACCCCCUCCUCUGGCUGGCAGACCAUCGGCUCCUCUCAGAGCAGGAUGGAUCAGUCUCACCCCUUUCCCAGCCGUGCUCCUGAACCCAAUCAGUGGAACAGCAGCGACCUCCACAGCUCCUCCCUCUGGGGUGGGCCAAACUAUUCCAGCAGCCUGUGGGGGAGCCCGAGUGGCACUGAGGCCGGCCGGAUCAGCAGCCCCUCUCCAAUCAGCUCCUUCCUCCCCGUGGAUCACCUGACAGGGGGUGGGGACUCCAUGUGAGCCACCGCCAAUCAAACAGGUGUGAGGAAGGGUCAGUAGAGAAAUUAUCAAUAAUCAGCAGAAGAAAAUGAAAGAAAAAAAAAAGUAGUUAAAAACGCAAUGGCACUAGUUGGACUCUUUCUCACUUACAAGAUAUUCAACAAACGGGGUCUCCCCUGUGGAAAACAAGUUACGUUUCUCUCUCUGCACAUAUGUCCACUUUGUUUUAGCCCAAAAACAUAUCAGUUGGAAUACUUGAAUCAUGCAGGCCAAUUCUAUAAUGUGAACAGAUGGAUAUUUGCUUCCAGGUAGUGCUCUUUCAGACCGAAAAAAGCUUCAAUCGAGCUCAUUAUAUAUAUAAAUAUAUUUUUUGUUUCAUUCGUCAUGUUUAUUUGAAUUCCAAUUCUUUUCAUUUUUAACGUUUUCUUUUUGUUUUCUUAUAAAUUUUUUUGCAUUUGUUAGCUGACAAUGUUGGAGUAUGAGCUUUUUUAACUUUGCACUGAAUGUGGUUUUUUCUCAGUAUAUAUAAUCUGCAAUAUAGAGGGAGCAGCCAGUUUUUCCAGUGUAGCUGUUUACUCAUUGCGGUCCUUACCGUAUGUGUGUAUGUGUGUGCACGCACACGAGAGAGAGAGAGAGAGAGAGAGAGAGAGUGUGUGUGUGUGUGUGUGUGUGUGUGUGUGCGCGCGCGCGCGCUCCUCUCUGCCUUGGCACGCCUACCUUACUGCGUUGUCGUGGAGUUCAAGAUCAACAGAUAGUUGAAGAAGGAGAAAAGCUGACUUAGGAGGAUUAUCUGGUGAUAGUUCAAGUGACAUUAAAAAGUAUUGCACCAAUUUUGUUUUAAAACUAAAGAACGUUGAGCUCUGCAGUGCAAAGGACUGUAGCCGCAGCUGGGACUAGCAAGCCCCGCCCACCCCAAUUUUGGGGUCCGGGUCUAUCUAGCAAGCCCUCCUGUUGGCCCUCUAGUGGGCAAGGAAGGGAACAGCACUUUCAGAAUAGGCUUUCAAUGUUUUGGAGGUGCCACACUGCAACCUCUUGUUUACAAGACUUAGGAGGCGGAACGUGUGUUCAUUCUUCAUUUUAAAGAGAAGAUAGAAAAAAUUUAAAAAAAAAAUAAAAAAUUAAAACAUCAAAAAAAGCUUUAAAAAAUCUCUUAAAAAAAAAAAAAAAAAGUUAAACUCUUAUUGAGGAUGAAGACGAUGCUUUGUAACUCUGGGAAUUCGGAUCAGUGUUUUUGGCCAUGGCGUUGGUUAUUUGAACUAUUCCUCUUUGUCUGCUAAAUAACCAGCAAUGGUUCUCAGGAAAUCAAGCCAGUUUUCCCCCCCUUGUAGGUGAAUAAAAAAAAAAAACUACUACUCCUUGUAGGAAAGGAAAAUCCAACUUCUAGCACUGAAAACUAUGUAUAAGUCUGUAAGUUUUUUUUCUCUGCCAAAUAACUGCUUUAAGCUGGAGAAGCUCAACACACUGCUUUCAAUAUGCUGUCUUUUUUUUUUGGGGGGGGGGGUCCUUAUGUUCAGGACAGGGAGGUACAGAGCGGGGUGGAGGAUGGGCUGUACAAACCGCUCUCCUCCUCCUCUCCUUCUCUAUGUCCGUCACUCCACUGAUGUAAAAAUCAAAAGUGGGGAGUGUUUCUCGUGUGCGUGUGAUUGUCAGUUCUGUCUUCUUGUCAGACUUGUAAACCAAGAGAAAGGCGAAUCUGUAUCUAUGCAUACUGUAGCCUCUCACAUGGCCUACUGAGAGGCGCUUUUUUUUCUUUAUUGUUCCAGUGUCUCAAAAUGUUUGAAAUGUUUCAUUGAGUUCAACAAAUGCGAAAUAUUACUUGCUUAUUUUGUUGUUUUAAUCACUCUCAUUGCCACAAAUGGUGUUUUGAAAAAAAGUAAAGAAGAAAAAAAACUUAGAAAAUCUUGUUUUGGUUGAAGAAACUAUUUUAACAGUGCAAAAGUCGUCCACAUUUCAUUGCCUUGAUCCUAAUUGUGUCCGAAGAUGCAACAACAAGUCAAGUGGCUUCUACCUGUUUACAAAUAGAAUAUGAUUGUAUUGUUGUACUGCUUUUUUUUUUCCUUUGGGGAGGGGGGGUAGUAUACAUCAUCUGAAGUUCCUGACCGUAUGAAUCGUGUUUGUGUGUUUGUGUGUUUGUGUGUUUUUCAGAGAGGGUGUUUUUUGCCAGCAGAUAUGAGUUCUGCUGGAAGGAGAUUGGUCUGUUGUGUGAAUGAGAACAGUGUGAAUGUAAACUCAGCAGUGGUAUUUGUCGACAACAUAAGUGUGUGUAGAUCCACCUCUCUAACCAGUGAUUGUUUAGUGACUAUAAUGCACAAAUACUUGGGGGGAAAAAUGACAAAAAAAAGCUUCAGAAGUUGUGUGCGAACGAGAAGUCAGCAUUAGCGAAGCCAUGGACCUUAAUUUCUUUUCUUCAUUGUGUUAUUAUUCUGCCUGUUGUGCGUGUUUGCAUGUGUCCCACUAAGGAUUGAGGUUUUUAUUUCAGAAGUACUCGUCGUCUUUAGUUGUGUUUUUAGCCGUUAAUAUUUAACGACUUCAAAGCAGACGUAGUGAGGCAGAACCUUGAGUAUUAGCCAGACUUGACGUUGGUGUGUGCCAGUAUUGAACUGCUCUCUACCAAAUAAUUUAAAGGAUUAUUUUACUUAAUUCCAGAUCUCAUUGAUUAAACUAUAUAAAUAUGUAUAUGUGUAUAUAUAUAUAUAUAUAUAUAUAUAUAUAUAUGUGUGUAUAUAUAUAUAUAUAUAUGUAUAUAUAUAUAUAUAUAUAUGUGUGUGUGUAUCUUAUUUGUAUUUGUUUUGUGUCUUGUUUAACAAAUCUUAUCAAGUGGAACAUCUGAACUGUUAUUGUUUGUUUGAGUUUAACUUAAUCUGACAAAUUGAACUGAGGAGCCUUUUGGAUUUUGCACUUGUGUGGAUUGGAGGAAAGGCCAAGCUAGCAGACACAGAGCUGUGGCGAGAUGGUGGUUCCAGUCGCAUUUUCAGGUCUGUCCAAAGUGGAGGAGGUGCUUGUGACACGGUAAAGUUCGCGUCGUAGGUGGUGCUCUGGUGAGAAAGAUAGAGAAGAGGUGAGGGCUGUGCAAUUGCCGCUCGCUCAUAGUUGACCUCUCUGUGCUCACUGGGCUGGCGUGUCGUCACAGUAUGUAGCUAAAAACGGUUAAAAAAGUUUAAGACAGCCUCAAACACAUCAAAGUGAUCACAGCUCUGCUGUACUGUCAAAGUAUUCAGCUACUGUUCUGAAUGCAGUGCAGGUCUUUAGAUUGACUGAAACCAGACGAGACUUCCUACUGGCCCUGUAGUGACUCAGGCAAGGGAAUGUGACUUGUGAUUGGCUUUUCAGGGACAGGGGGUUACACCUGCCUCUUUAAUUCUGGCUUAUCCAGGAUCAGCUUCCUCUCUAAACUUCGCAGGGGAGGGAACAAGAAACUGACUUGAGGCAAGUGAACACUAAAACCGUCAAUAUUCCCUUUGAACUCUUGCUGAAAUUAUUUUACACUUCGUUCAUUCUGAUUAUUUUUUUGAUGUCUUUUCCAAACUCUGAUCUGGGAGCAGUUUUUCUCCCUUCUCAGUAUCUUUACAUUUUCCAUUAGUGGGACAAAAACUGAGCUCAGACCAGCAGCCGAGGAUUCGGCAUCACUCUGCAGUUAGAGAAGGGACAAGCAACGUCUGUAAACGCCUCUCAUUGUUGAUGUUACUGUUUUGGUUCCAAGCUUAAUUCCCUCUGUCUCUGUUUGUCUGAUCUACUGUUAGUGUGUGUGUCUGUGUGUCGAACAUAUUAUCAUGCCAAAUCAAAGAGUGAGGGUGAGAGGGAAGGAAAGGGAUUGACUUAUUUUUUCUGGUUCUUAUUGUGUAUGUGUGUGUACGUGUAUAUAAAAAGCUGGACAAUGUUUUAACGCUUGAAGAAAAAAAAGUAAUUUGCAAAAAUGGUGAGGUGAGGAAAACCUUUCAAGUGAUAACCACCAUGAGCAAUGUACAAUCCUCUGGGGGCUGCCAAGCAGCUCCCAGACAGUGCCAGACGAGGGGAGGGAAGGAAAGGAGAGGAGGAGGGAAGCUGGCUGGUGAUACUACUUUUUUAAAUGUCUAAGAAAAAAAAUAAUGUGACUCUAGUUUUUCUCUUGACUUAACUAUCCUGUGAGCAAAUGCUAUGCUAUAUCAUAACACCACACACCCAACAGCUCCUUACGUCGAUCAAAAAGCGCUGAAGCUAUUUUUUUGACACACAUAGAAAAAAAAAACUGUGAGAAUCUGCUGUCUUUUUUUGUCAUUUUACAUUUAGUAUGAACACAAACAAACCCUGAAAAGCUUUAGUCUAACCAGCACAAAGAUAUGGGGGGUAGGGUGGGAUUGGGUGGGUGUAUUAUUGGGGUUGGGUGAGUGGGUCCAGUACAGAGGGGUAGGGUGGGUUUUCGCUCAGAAAGACUAUGCAGUGGAGUGUUGAACCCAGGCUUCCAUGUCCAACUUGGGUUUGUUUUGCUUUCUCUUCUUAAACGAAAUCAAUUUUUUAACAGCUGAGAUGGGAUUCCCAAUAAUAUUCCUCAAAAAUGUUGUGCCAUUGUUGAAUUGUACUGCUAGUACUACUACUAAUAAUAAUAAUAAUAAAGCUGACAAAACCUUUAUUACCUAGCAGCUGUUGGGCCAGUUGUAGCAGGAGAGGAGGACAGGUUAAGAUUUGCAAAAGUCCAUUUGUUUAUUUUCACAGCGCGGCCCCCCCCACCUCAAAAAGCCGAGGGGCGGUGCCGGUGAAACUGCAAAUUUUACACAACUACAAUGUUUUUUAUAGAGAUUCUAUCAAUCCACAGUGUGUAGUUGGAUCACCUGUAAACCUAUUAUGCACAUUGCUUUGGGAGACUGUUGAAACUAUAUAUAUAAUAUAUAUAUAUAUAUAUCUAUAUAUAUAUCUAUAUAUGAGAAUAUAAACGUACAGUGUUUAUAAUCAAUGAGAGGGAAGUCUUCCUCUCACACAAACAGGAAGUACCUUUUUAUCUUCAAAUGUCUUCCUUGGGUUAUCAAAGGAUUUUAUCUGAAACUUCUGGGGGAAAACUGCACUUUUUGAAGGACAAUCUUUAUUUGUAUGGGUAUAAAAAUUGACAAAAAAAAAAAAAAACAAAGUUGCCUGAUAUUACAAGAUAUAGAAAACCAACUCCAGUGUGCUCUAAUAAUGAAUGGCUCCUCUAAUGCUGUCUAUUUGUUUGGUUUCAUUUAAUCUUUUUAUUCUCCUCCUUUUGUUGCUUGGUUUGUUCUGUAUUUUUUUCCCUUUAUUUUUCUGGAUUUUAGUGCUCUUAAGAGAAUCUGUACUAAGGCGUAGAGUAGUAGGUAGUAGGUCUUCUGUUGGCUGUACUCGUAUACUGAUUACUGUUUGUAACCUAUGGCUCCUGUAGCCAUCAUACAAAGCUGUAAAACUUGGGUACAACCCUCAAUAAAAGACUAACUAUGAAUCCGA